AGGACACAGCCUGACGGUGAAGAUUAAACUGCUGGAUUAAACUUGGGAGGCGAGCAGUGUCGUGCCUGCACAAGAGGAAGGAGAGAUGUAAGAGGCGAUUGGCGUUUAAUCUUGUGGAGGCGAUCUAUUGAAAAGCUCAAAUAGGAGUGGAGAGAAGCAAUGGGAAUUGGAGGCCAUGGUAACCUGACAUAAAUGGCUGGCUGGAGGGGUUCACACCUCUUUGCUUCCUGCGUCUUCUGCCUUGUCUUGUGCUGUUGCUGCUGCUCCCCUGAGAAUAUCCACAUCUUGGCAUUGUGCAGCCAAAGGACCAUAAUUAAGCAGUUUAGGUGAAUGUUGGGGUGAGGUGGGUGGCCUCACCAUGAUUCAUUUAUGGAAAUUAGUGCGUCACAUGCGACAGCUGGAACUCCACCGCUUGAUCUUACUGCUCAUCGCCUUUAGCUUGGCCUCCAUGUGUUUCUUGGCUUACUAUGUGACCAACAGCCCAAAAAUAAAGGAGCCUCCUCCAUUGCCUUUCAGUGACUGCAGCAGCCAGCAAAGGGUUGCGGUACAACCACAAGCCAGUUGGCGGAUCGCCAAGUCAGUGGACACUUCUCGCACCGAGCCAGUGGUACUAGUUUUUGUGGAGAGCAUCUAUUCUCAGCUUGGACAAGAGAUCGUGGCUAUCUUGGAGUCUGGCCGCUUCAAGUAUAGGACAGAAAUAGCCCCUGGAAAGGGUGACAUGCCAACACUUACCGAUAAAGAUCGAGGACGCUAUGCUCUAAUCAUUUAUGAGAACAUCCUGAAGUAUGUGAAUUUAGAUGCAUGGAACAGGGAAUUGCUAGAUAAAUACUGUGUGGAAUAUGGGGUUGGUAUCAUUGGGUUUUUCAAAGCCAACGAGAACAGUUUAUUGAGUGCACAGCUGAAAGGCUUCCCUUUAUUUCUUCAUUCCAACUUGGGGUUGAGGGACUACCACAUCAAUCCUAAUGCUCCUCUUCUGUAUGUCACUAGAGCAAAUGAGGUGGAGCAAGGUCCUCUACCGGGGGAUGACUGGACAGUAUUCCAAUCUAACCAUAGCACCUAUGAACCAGUCCUUUUGGCAAGCACAAAGUCCGCAGAGUCCAUUCCUCACUUACCCACUCAUAAAGCACUUCAUGCAACAGUGGUACAGGACUUGGGCCUUCAUGAUGGAAUCCAGAGAGUCCUGUUUGGCAACAAUCUUAACUUCUGGCUACACAAGCUUAUCUUUGUGGAUGCUAUUGCCUACUUGACUGGCAAACGUCUAUGCCUCACUCUCGACCGAUACCUUUUGGUUGAUAUUGACGAUAUAUUUGUUGGCAAAGAAGGAACGCGUAUGAAGGUGUCUGAUGUUGAGGUAAGACCUAUAUAAAAUUAGAUCAAAUCUUCUUUUUCAACUGCUUUUAAUGUUUUUAUACUCUGUUUUAUGUGCAGAUGUGUUUCUAAAUAAUUCACCCAUAGAUACUGUGAUUAUCUGUGCUUUUAAACAAGGCUUAUGCUUUAGUGCAGUCGUUCCCAACCCAGUCCUCAAGUAUCCCCUACCAGUCCAGGUUUAGGGGUUGCCCAGUUGUGUCUAAAGUGUUUUUAGAAAGGAAAACAAAAACACUUUAGACACAACUGUCAAAUCCCUAAAUCCUGGACUGGGAAGGGGUACUUGAGGACUGGGAACCACUGCUCUGGUGAAUUUUAACCCAUAAAUAAAUGGAUGAUGAGAUGAUGCUUUAUUUUAAAAAAUUUAUUUUUUUAAGUAUGUUAGGCUUUAACCUUUUUAUGACAUUUUUCAUUUUUGAAAACUGAUGGGAUGUUACAGGCAUAAAAUAAAAAGGAUAACCAAAGCCGUCUUUCUUUUUCCUACUUAAAUCACUGAUCAACAGAAAGAUUUUUUUUUUUUUGUGGGUUAUAUAUAAGCAUUAGCCCCUGUUUUAUUGUAUGUUUUAGGAUGUAAUGAAUGUAAUGGGACAUUUUUGUUAUGGGUUUUGUUUUGAUUAGAUUUUUUUUGUAAAAUGUAUAUUUAUUUUUUUCCUGGUGAAGAUCUAAUCUCAUUACAUACUCCACAAUAGGCAAACCAAAACCUUGCUGGCUGUUUUAUACUUUAGAAGUAGUUUCCCUUCAGCCAAUAAAAGAAAUGGCAUUGAACAGAGAGAAUAGGUCAACGUUAAUCUAAUUCCUAUUUGCAAACAUAAAGGUAACAUGAGACCCAAAGGAAAUUUGUUUUGCCAAACCUGAUGUUUCUGUGUAUAGUUUAAUAUUGUAAUAUUGCCCAGCUUUUAUUGCUUUAUUACACGUUGAAUCAUUUCAGGCUUCUAGCACCUCUGUUAUAUUUUCUUGGCAAUAUAUAGUCAGUGACCACCCAAUUACAUGCAAGAUCUUUAAAGGAACAUUAUAGUGUUAGGAUUAGAAAUAGAAACAUGUAUUCCCAACACUAGUGCUGGAGUAUCCGUUUAGGUUUCCGUCCUACCUCAGUAAGGUGUUAAAAGGUAGCUUUACUUAUCUUUUCUCCAUAACUGCGCUGGACUUGCCACAACUGGCCUCGCCUCCAUGGCUGAGAUCAUAAUUCUUGAAGAUCUCCGCUAAUUCAAUGCUUUCCCAUAAGAAAGCAUUGGGAUGCAAUUGCUAUUGCGCAUGUGCGACAAUACGCAGAGCUGUGUCAAUUAGCAUCUCCCCAUAGAGAUGCAUGGAAUUGAUGCAUCUUGUGAGAAGCGUUUAGCUCCUCAAUGCAGAGCGUGGAAAAACGGAGUGUCACUGUGCAGCACUGAGAUAGGAAGCAUCUCUAGUUGCCAUCUGUGUGACUGCACCUGGAGGUGUUACAAGGCAGCAUUUUAAAUAGGUGGAGUCAUUGGCACUUAUUUUCUAUAUAUACAUUGACUUUUGACUCCAACUGAGGGCUGUUCGCUAGUAUUUGGUAACUGUAGCACUUGAAGUAUUUGUAAACUAGACUUUGCCAAUCUGAGCAGUCUGGGAUUUGUUUUUAUUUUAUUCCAAGGUUAGCCAUCUUUACCAUCCUUUCGCAUUGCAUAUGAGAAGUACUGCAAUUUUAUUUUAAAGUUACAGUCUAGGAUUUACAUGCCACUCUGUUUUUGUAAGUGCAAACUGCACCCUUCCUGUAAAUGAUCACUGUGCAGAAAGAACCUUUGCAGGGACCCUUUAAGUUAGUUUGCCAGUACAAUCAACAACUAAUCUCACAAUUACAGAGGCCUAAACACGCAGCUUCCAUCAUGGAGCUGUACACACACUACAUCAUAGUCAAUUGACUACAAUCCUAUUAUGGUAAUCUCUUUAUUUGGCAUUAUCCUGUUCUAAGGUUUUGUUGGUCUUGUGCUUGUCUAGUCGAGGCCUUUGUACAUGUUUUUUGUGAAUAAGUGAACACAGUGUGCAUUGUGUGUGAAAUAUGUUUCAGUUCAGGUGUAGCAAAGCUUAAAAAAAGGUUAGCACCUCGCUGUCCCCCCGGGACAUGGUGCGGAUCAUGCUUUGUGUAUUGUUUGCUGUGGGCUGGCAGGAUCUGACGCUGCAAUCUCUCUAUUUUCGACUAAUGUUUUGUGUGCUCUUUGCAUUUCAAUCAGGGAUCUUGGAACAGCUCGAGUGAUGUAUUUAUUUGUGCAAGAUGCAGUGGUGUAAAUAAAGAGAAUGCAGACAACUACAAUAGCUUAUACACAAUGAGAGGGAUCUGUCACCUAUAGAAUGUUCUUUAUGAUAAAUUGUAUUGAUUCUAGUAAUGCAGUGCAUUAUUACAUAUGGCAAAUGAAUGUUAAUCUGUUUUUACCAUAAAGUAUCUUGCAAGAAAGCUGUUCUGUGAGGCAUAUUCAAUCAGAUUAUCCUUCUAGCCUUGUUUGAUUUGUUUUGGUUUUUUCUUUGCAUCACAGACUAUUUGAUGGGUAUAAAUGGUUGAUCAUGUGGGGGUAAUCAUUUUUUUAGUUCUUGAAUUUUUGCAGUUAUUUAAAAUUACUGAUUGCUCACGAAGAUGCCAGUGACAUUAGUCUUCACUCAGGUCACACAAUGAUUUUGGCAGGAAAGGGGACAGCUUUCAUACAGACACUAAUAUUCUUAUGCAAAAAAAAAAAAAUUGUCCUGCGCUCAAACUCUCACUACUCUUGGGCGGCAGCAACGACCACAGUACACAUCAGCCCCAAUACAUACAGUAAAACCAAAGGAGAAGGGAGGUAAAAUUGCACUUUUAGAUAUAACCCCAAUGAAUAAAAUGUUUUUGUUAGGGUAUAUUUACUAAACAGGGAUUUUUAUUUAUUUUGUAUUUGGGCAGUAAAGUGUCCCUUUAACCUACAGUAUCUUCCAUGAAUUUUGGUGAGAUAUCAAGCAAGUCACUUAAAGGACCACUCGAGGCACCCAGAUCACUUCAGCUUAAUGAAGUGGUCUGGGUGCCAGGUCCAGCUAGGGUUAACCCAUUUUUUCAUAGAAACUGCUAUGUUUAUCAAUGGGUUAAGCCUUCCCCUAUUUACUCUAGUGGCUGUCUCAUUGACAGCCACUAGAGGCGCUUGCGUGCUUCUCACUGUGAUUUUCACAGUGAGCGCACGCCAGCGUCCAUAGGAAAGCAUUAUGAAUGCUUUCCUAUGUGACCAGCUGAAUGUGCGCACGCAGCUCUUGCCGCGAGUGCGCAUUCAGCCGACGGGGAGGAGAAGAGGAGGAUCGGAGGAGGAGAGCUCCACACUCGGCGCUGGAAAAAGGUAAGUUUUAACCCCUUUCCCCCUUCCAGAGCCGGGCGGGAGUGGGACCCUGAGGGUAUGUUUUCCUGGCACUAUAGUGGUCCUUUAACAGAUGCCUAUGCUCUCUAGUGAUAUCUUAUAUAGACCCCUAUUUUGUACUUUUGACAGGCAGUGCAGAGAAAGAAGUAGUUCAGGUACAUUUAUCCCUUUCCCAUCCUCUGCACAAUGUAAGCUUCAGGUCAACGGGAGGGAGACUUUGCAAAAAUACAAAGACCCUCCCAUAAGACUGCCAUUUUGAGAUACUGCUAUUUAAAAGGCUCACAAAGGUACAGCCAGAAUAUUAAUUAGUAAAGAAAAGUUACCUGCGCUCUUCCCAAAUCCCUAUGCCUAUUUAAACAAAUGAAGGUUAUUUAGUUGCUCCAAUGGCCAUGAGAGGGUAUGCCCACCUGCCACGUCAAGGCAAACCUCUUAGGUGGGGCCUCUUGAGUUUAGCGCUACUGAUCUAAACUCCCAGGAAGUAACCGGAGCGGUUCUCUGAUUUGAAAUCCAAAUGAGUGUAACCAUGUUAGAAAAGGGUCAAUUUCUAUUGAAAUCUGCACUUUUUGCAAAAUGGGGGGAAAAAUUACUCUUUACACGUUAAGCUUUUUAGCAAGUUCUAGUGCUUUAGGGGUCUGCAGUGUCCCUUUAAUGUAGGCAAAGAUAAUUAAUGUUGCUGCACUGCCUUUAGACAUCUUUUUCCACCCAAUAUUUGCUUUGUUAGCGAUAAAGAAUCGUUCCUUGCUUUCUCUCAUCUUUAUCAUCUAUAAGUUUGAGUUUUUCCUAAAUAUUUUGUUUAUGAAAAUCUAAUAGGUGAAAGUACCGCUGUCACCUAUUAAGUCGGAACGGUCACUUAUCUGGAAAUUACACCAUUAAAUAAACAAUUGAGAUUUCUUAUAACCUGUGUUGACCUUUUUUAAUGCAGUGCUCCAUUUUUAUUUAAAUGUUUAGUAAGAUUUGCCAAGUAACAUCACAUUACAGAUUAUUCUAGGCAAAACCAGAGCACGUAAUGCAAAUGAACAAGAUAACAGAAGCAUGGUUGGUUCCUCAUCUCCCAUUAUGUUCAAUGACAAAAAGGAUGGCAUUAAAGGGACAGUAUAAGCACCAAACCACUUGAGCUUAAUGAAUUGCAUUUGGUGUAUAGAUCAUGCUGCUGCAGUCUCACAGCUCAGCUCUCUGCCAUGUAGAAGCUAAAUCUCUUUGUUUAUGCAGCCAUAGCCAUACUUUCCUUUUUUCACCUUUCUUACCUCUUGCUAUGUUAAUUGCCAUCAGACGCCUCCUGUGCACGAUUAAAGUCCAAUUAACAGAGCAGGAGGAAAUAACUUCUCAAAUAAACAUAUUUUGCUGUAAGAUCCAAUUUUGAAAUGAAACCAUCUCCUCAUUUAGGUGUGAGUCACAGUAAGAGGCGGUAUGGCUAGGGCUGCAUAAACAAAGUGAUUGUACUCCUAAAUAUCAGUGAGAUUGCAGGGGUUAUGAGUUACACACCGAAACUGCUUCAUUAAGCUAUAGCUGUUUUGGUGCCCAGAGUAUCCCUUUAAUAACAAAUGAUUGUCAGGGAGCCAAGAUUGAGGUGCCCAGUUCUAGGAUAGAUGUGAUUUUCUGCAUUUAGUUUUUAUAUUUCAGACCUCGAUGGUCUCUCCUUUUCACUCUGUUUGAAAUUAGCCAUGCAAUGCUUUUAUAGAAACCAAUAAAUACACUUAUGAGUUGAUUAUUUUGCUGUAAAACUGUAGCAAUACGGUUGUAGGUUUUCACUUUUUUUUUUUUGAUUUUCCACAUAAUCCUUGAAAUACAUUUUUUAAUAAUUGGAAAAUACUGACAUACUAAUAUAGGCUAGAAAGUACUGGCAUAUUUCAAAUAUUUUCAUAUCUUCAGUAAUAGUGAUUGCUUUUCUAAAAGAAGACCGAAAUUGUAUUUUAACCACAAUGUACCGAGUCACUUGCCUCUUCCCCUUCAUAAAUUCUUCUUUUUAUUUAACUAAAUAGAGACUAUUUAUUUAACCAAAUAGUGACAAAUCUCCUAUAUAUUGAACAAGAUGUUUUGUUUCUUGUGCCGCUUGUUAGAUUGUUAGUCUUGUACUUGGGUAAUUAAAUUAUUCGUUAUAGAUUAGUUCAGUUUGUUUAUAGAAAAUCUAUGUAUUACACAAAUACUAGACAAGCUUGUUUCUUUGAUUACCCCCUAUUAGAAAGGAAUACCAGAACAUUAAGCUGUAGUUGUUCUGGUGACUAUAGUGUCCCUUUAAUGUAGUUGUUCUGGUGAGUAUAAUCAUUGCCUUCAGGCAUUUUUAUGCAGAGAAAAGGCAGUGUUUAUAUUGCUCCUAGGGACACCUCCAAGUGGCCACUCCUCAGAUGGCCACUGGAGGUGCUUCCUGGCUCAGUGCUGCACAGUAGGCAGCCCUGCCGUUCAGCGUCUCCACGCUCUGCAUGGGGGAUGCAGAAUUUUCCUCAUAGAGAUGCAUUGAUUCAAUGCAUCUCUAUGAGGACGUGCUGAUUGUCCAAAAUGGCGUUUGGACCCGCCCCCCUUGCCAAUCCAAUGCUUUCCCAUUGGCUAAAAACCAGCAAUUCUGAUGUUACGGAGGGGGGACAGUGCCGGCGGACUUGCACAGUGCUGGAAAUAAGGUGAGUUUUUAUUGCUUUUAGGUGGCAAGCCACCUAAAUGGUGGGUUUUUCACUAUAGGGUCAGGAAUACGUUUGUGUUCCUUAUAAAUUUAGGGUCCCCCAUGGUUUCAUUUAAAAAAAAUUAGAAGCACUAGGAAUAUAAAGUAUGACAAUCGCCCACCAACAGCAUGUUACUGCUAGAGAAGCAUUGGAUCCUACUCAUUACUGCCUUGAUAUAGCUAGCAUUCAAAGUGAGUGAGCAUGGAAAAAAUAAAUGUAAAACAUGUGUCAAUAGAAGAAAAGAAUAAAUAAAUAUACAACACAGUGUGUAUCAAGAAAUAUAAAAGAAAUAAGAGACCUAAAGUACAUAAAUUAUAUCUAAUAAAGCUGCAGAAUGGGAUCCAAAGAGAAAUCUUAAUUAACAAGUCCAAUGUUAUUUCCAUAUAUCCAAAAGAAAGUGAUGAUAAUACUAGAAAAUAUAAUCAUAAAAUAAAUUUAUACAUACGUAUAUACAUAAAAGUGCUAAUGAACAUACAUGCAAUUAAUAUGAAACAUCCAAUAAAGUGCACCAAUAAUUAAUAAGGUGCAUACUUAACAAAGUGCUAUAAUCAAUAAAGUGCGUACUAUAAUAAAGGAACAUCAUAGUGUCAGGAAUACAAACGUGUAUUAGGUGUAAAAAUCUUGCCUCCCGUGAGCAAGGUAUUUUGCUUACAUUUUCCCCACGCCACGCUGGUCUUGUCACGGCUGGCCUCACCCACUCCGCCUCCUUGGCUGAGAUUAACAAUUUUGAUGAUAUCGGUCAAUGCAAUGUUUCCCCGUUGGAAAGGUUUUUCUCGGAAAAGGCAGUUUUUCCAUUAAAAUGUCUGCAAGAGCAUACGGUACACGCCAGAUGAAAUACAUUAAGCUGUAGUUGUUCUGGUGUCCCUUUAAGAUGAAAAAAAAUGUGCUUCUCCCAGUCUUCUAAUCACCACUGUCUCAUCAGACAUCUAUGACUUCAUCAAGGGAUGUAUGCACCCCUAAUGAAGUCAAAACUGCAUGAUGAAACCUGUUGGGAGGAAGACGUUUGACACCAGGUGUUUUCUAGUAGUGGAUCUAGAGUAAGGACAUAGUUUCCAUGGUGAUGACUGGUGGGACUGAAUAUAUAUAUAUAUAUAUAUAUAUAUAUAUAAUGAACCAAAAUGCACUUAUUUGUUUAAUGAGAUGAAGCAGUUACCUGCAGUGAACGUUUAAAGUGGCUUCCAUUCAGCUUUAAAAAGUUUUGAAUGUUUUAAUACUAAACAAGAGUCUACAACAGCCCACCCCCCUGUGCUUUUUGGACUAAUGGGGAAGCAUUUAACUUGCUAUACUACACUAUGUGCACUUUGUACUUUUUUUUCUUUCUUUUUUUCUUCUCUUAAACAGGGGAAUCUAUUGAGUACUACGUAGUUCUUUCUGUUAUUGCCGAAUGUUUAUUAGACUUAACAUACAUGUGCCCCCGCUGGAUAUAUUUGCAGUUUGUGACACAAUGGAGAGAAGUGUUAAAGCGGCACUGUCAUGCCGAACUUACCUUUCUUUAAUCGAUUAAUCUUCUCUCCCUCUCUCAGGAUCUGUACUUCAUUUCUUCCAGUUUUCUUUAAAACAUAAGACAAAGUGGGGACUACUUUGCUCCUACGCUGGUUAAGCGUAGGCAACCUCGAUAAGACAAAGUGUGCUUCAUUUCUAGUGAUCAAAGCAAUUUUCCCGGGGGAAGGAAGGUUAACAUUUUCAUUUCACCUGCCGCUCACGGGUGGGGGUCGGGGGGAUGACAAUAGGUCCCUGCCACCCCCGACAUUUUCAUUUAGGGCCCCCACCCACCGCCCACUAGGGAUUUAAAAAAUAUAUAUAUUUUAUAGUGAGUAGGGGCAGAGUUUACUAAUACUAAGUAAUCUUUACUUAGUAUUAGUAAAUGUGGCUGAAAGACCAAUUUAGGACUUUCAGCCUUUUGGUAGAUAGUUCCCUGAUACCGUGGAAAUUAGGGAACUAUCUAGUUUGGCAUGACAGUGCCGCUUUAAGUGAGCUGCAAAUCGUGGAAGUCCUCUAUCCUUGCAUUGUGUUUUUCACUGUAUUUCUUUUUGCAUGCAUGGCUAUCAACCAGUCUUUGGGGUACACAUUAGUGCUGCUACCUAGUGCAUAAUUUAAAAUACUUCUUCUGGGGGUUACAAAAGUGCUUCAGAGGGAAGUGUUUUUUAUACUUAACCCCUUAAUGACACAACUUCUGGAAUAAAAGGGAAUCAUGACGGAAUAUUUCUGUUGUGUCCUUAGGGGGUUAACUCCUCUCCCCACUAAAUGCUUCCAUACAGAAUUAUUUGCCAACUUCCCCAGGCUAAAAUAAUUGAUCUGUGACUAUAGUUGAGCUGGAGAAUAUUUCAAGAGCAGCUAUUUUUGCCUACAUUUUUUUUUCCAUGGAUAUUUUUUCUACAAUUCAGAGGUUUAAUGAUUAACCCCGACAGUGUUUGCUGGUGUGCAAAAAAAAAAGUGUCAAAAGCUAACUUUACAUUUUGUUCUUACUCCACACUAUAGCAUUGUUGAUGGCGAGUAUUCAAUCAAGUUUUCUACCUUUUAUUUUUAUAAAAUGCUUCUCUAUCUUCUGAUAAAGAGACAUAUAUUUGAAAAGCAUUGAUAAUACAUCUGGGACUGUCUUCCUUGUUACUGUUUGUGUGAAGCUUCAGAAAGAAUGGAACAAAGUUUGAUGCUGUUCAGAGAAUGAUUUGCUUUUCACAUAAAAAGUUAAUUUGCUUUUCCCACAUGACCGCGAAUGGAAUGUUUAAAACUGUGUGUUCCACAGAAUUUGUCCCGUUGCUAUUGGCUGGUAGUCAGAAACUUGAUAUGUGUACAGAAGCCAUGGGACUAAUAUGACAAGAUCAUUGUCUCUGUUCAGAAAUCAAAUCACUAACAAGCUCAGCUUGAGGUUGUACUGGGGCCCCUUGCUCUGGUAGGAUGUAUGCCCGUAUUUCUUUGUGUGCUUGGCUGGCAUAAUUUGGAUGCUUUUAGAUGUUUAACUGCCAAGCGAAUGUUAAAUAUGUAACAAUACUCAAACCUAAAGUAGUGUUAAGUAAAUGAAACCUCAGACAUUAUAAUAAAAUCUUUUAAAUGGGCAUAAAUAUUUUGCAUGUGACCGUGACAGACAAAACGUCCUCCCCAAUCAGUAAUAUUGUGUCCUGUUGUAACUCUUGAACGAAUACAACUAUUGAUGUAACAAUGCAAACUAGCAUUAAAGGGAUACUAUAGUCACCAAAACAAAUUAAGCAUAACGAACCCGUUUUAAUGUAUAGAUCGGCGGGGGUAUGUGACCUUUGGCACUCUAGAUGUUGUAGACUUCUUCUCCCAUAAUGCACUUACAACCGUAAUGCUGGCAAACCAUCAUGGGAGAUGUAGUCCACAGCAUCUGGAAAGCCGAAGGUUACCUUGCAAUGGUAUAGAUAGUGUCCCAUGCAUUCUCACUGCUCAUUUCUCUGCCAUUUAGGAGUUAACUCACAUUUUUGUUUCAGUUUAUGCAGCUCUAGCCACACCUCCCCUGGCUGUGAAUGACAGUCUGCAUUCAUUUUUUUUCAGAUGUUGAAGGGAUUCUAUAGUGCCAGGAAAACAAAGCCGUUUUCCUGGCACUUUAUGUCUCUACAGUGCCCCCUCCCUCCCUGGGAGCUGAAUGGGGUUAAAAUCUCUUCAGUCACUUACCUGAAUCCAGCACUGAUGUCCCUCGGAGCUGGGUCAGGCUCCGCCCAUGCUUCUCAGCUGACGGCGGGGGAGACCUAAUGCGCAUGCGCAGCAAUGGCCCCUAAUAAAGCAUUAAAUUACUUAUUUCCUAUGGGGGGGGAAACUGACGCUGGAGGUCCUCAUGCAGAACGUGACGACGUCCAGCAUGGACCUAGGUCCGUUUCAAUUCAGGAAGCCCUCUGAGUCCUCUCAGAAACUACAAUGUUUUGCAUUGCAGCACUAAGUGCAAAAGGGACAUUGCACACAGACCAGUUUAAUGAGCUGAAGUGGUCUGGGUGCCUACGGUGUCCCUUUAAGUUUAUUUUAGAAGUUUUUUGUUUUUUUCCUGCUCUGUAAAUUAAACUUUUAUGACACACCAGAGGCUCCUGCAGUGUCUAGAAGGUUAACACAGCAGGGGAUAAAAAAUUCUAAAUUAAACAGACUGUGCAAUAAAGCGAACUAAAUGGCAGAGGAUUGCGCAGUGAGACUGCAGGGGCAAUGUUUUUAAAGAAAUCAAAGAUUUGCAAAUUUUAAGUCUUAAUUGGAAACUUCUCAAACUCCAUUUAAAUUUUCUAUUCUCCACAACCCUUUAGAGAAUUUAUUUACUAAACUCUGCUUAUUAUACUUCAGUUCCCCAAAAAAGCAGAUUAAUAACAUACGUUCUUUGAUUAAGCAAAUUUUAGAACCUGAAAUCUGGGUUAUUUUAAGUUCAAAACAAUUCGUAAACCAAAUUGUGUGUGUUUUUUUUUUUUUUGUUUUUUUUUUUUAAUACAAUAACCUUGUAACGAACAGGAGAAUAAUUUCGUGAUUUUUUUUUUUUUUUUAUCUUUUGUAAUACAUUUAUUAAAAGACAGGUAUGAAUCAUGAUCUAAUAUAAAAAUAGUAAAUCUACAGAUAAAAGAAAAAUAGUGCAUAAGGCAAUACUAUAUACUCCACAAAUAGGAAAUGUGAUACUAGACUCACGGCAGGAAAUGGAAUGUGAAGCUUGUAUCCAACAUAUUUACAACCAGCUUUCUUCUUGCUAUAUGUUACACUCUAUUAUCACUAUAUAUUACACUCUUUAUUGUGUUGAAAUCUCUCUGAUGAUGUCUGUGCAGUAUGGAUGGAACACCGUAGGGCUUUUAAUAUUUUGUACUUUUUAUGGUUUCAUCUGGACUGCGCUUCUGUCGAUGUAGGAAAUAUAAUCAGAGGAGGGAUAAAGAGGGAAACAAAUGAAAUACAAGCUAGGUCAUUUGAUUAUGUUUCUUGACCGGUGUAGAUAAACGAGUAGUGAGUAUGAUUUAUAGAGAGAGUUCUCACGUUAUGUACUCAGGCACGAACGGUCAGUGGUAUAGCAGGUCAGUCUAUAUGGGGUCAACCGAUGCCCAGUCUGGAGGCUGUGUUUACAUGCCUGAAAGUAACGUUAAUGAGCCACCCCAGCUGCUCCUCGGUACCCUGUGUGUCCUCAUCUGUUUCACUGCGCAGUCCGGCUGAGGCGCCACGCCUGCCCAGAGACUCUCUUAGAGCCAGGUCCACUGUCUCACGGACUUGCCGCCGUCCUGCAGCCAAGUCCUUCCCCAAUGUGGGUCUGCACUCCGUCGCUUUUGCAGGUGGCUCGCUCUCCUCCAAAGGCGUGAGUGGUGUAUAGGGGCUGCACCCCUUGUGGCUCUUUUCCCAGGUGGGCCAGCAGUAGUACAGAAAGCCGGUUCAGUGGUUGCUUUGCCCGGUUGGGGCCUUUCCGGCUGCACCCUGGUAUUUCUUUCUUUUUUUUUCUUUUUUUUUUUUUUAGGGAACGGAGCUCUGGCUGGCUCUCGUGCUGUGGAUGGUCUGACACUGGUGCUGACCGGUGACUGUGCUGGUGGCUGUCGCCUUUUCUCCAGGGGUUCCCUGAAUUGCCUGCAUUUGUCGUCAAAAUUUUUCUGGAAGGCUUCUGCCCUGUCGCUGGAUGUCAGUCGGACUUUGCAUGUAGUGGAGCAGUUGGCCAUCUUGGUCAGGCCUAGUGUCUCCUAUUUUCCAGAUUUGUGCCCUGGAGCGAUUUGGAGGUGAGUGCUCUCUUUGCUCGGGUAUACCGGGAUGAUCCUCACCGGUCCAGAAUGAGGGGAACAAGGGCCCUAGUGCAGGUGCUCGGUUUGUCACGGCAGCAGGAAAACGGCCGUCUCUCCCGCACCUGCCAUGCUUGUAGACCCUAUAUUUUUAGUCGGGUGAGUAUCGCUUGUUCAGUUUGAUGUCACCUCUCGUGUGGUCGCCUUUUCGCAUCGCUUUAUUGCCAUUUGGGCAUUGAAAUUUCACUUUGUUCUUUGCAUUUGUUAGGAGCUGUUGAGGUUUCCUUCUUCUCAGCUCUGUGGUCAGGCCCUGCCCCCGGGUAGGUGGUGUUUUAACUGAUCUUACAGUGAUAUACUCUGUUCUCUAUUUUGCAAGUGAGUUUAAUCCAAUAAAGUGUGCAGUUUGCUUUAUAAUGUACACUGUGUAUUGUUUUUUUUCUUCUGUCUGCAUUUAUUGCUCUGAGGAACUGUGAAAGUGAAGCAAGAUGGAAGCUGGUUGUUAUGUGGCAGAUAGGCUGUUGUGGGUGCAAUGCAGCAUAUUCUCUUCGUUGUGUACAUAGUAUUGUUCUAUGUACUAUUUCUUUUAUCUGUAGACUUGCUGUUUUUACAUUGCGUUCUGAAGAUUUUGAGGUAUUAUUUUUUAGUCUUAUAGAUUUAUAGUUCAGGGUAAUUCAUUGCUUUUUUUCAAUUUGUUGUGAUUUGUCCCAUUAUUAGCUACGGUUAUUUUUCUUGGUGACCUACUUUAUUGAUUUUUUUUUUUUUGAUUUUUUUCUAAAUCUGAAAUAAAAAUUUAAUCUGCUGUCUGUAUUCAAGUGGACUUAAUUACUUAAUUUUGCCUGUUUGCAUAAUUCACGUUUUUUUGCCGGUUUGAGGCUCUGACCUGCAACGAAGUCUAUUGAAGCAUAUUACAAAGUAGGAAACAUUUACUUGUGCUGUGUUUUUUUUUUUUCCUUUUUCAGUUCAAAUGUCCGUUUAUUAAUGGAUCGUGGCAGUGAGAGUGUUAGUGUGAGUCAGAAGAGUAGUGUUUAUAAGAUCAUGAGCCACAGUUGUGUGCACAAUGCCUGUGUUGGUGGCAGAGUGCGCAGUAAGAGCCAGAGGACGACACAUCCAGUCUUCUUCUGCAGGAGAAGCCGGAUUGCUCUGUAAAGCAAAGUAUGGACUUGCAGGAUAUCUAUUAACCAAUGAGCAUAGUCCUACAUAGGCCAUUCUUUAUUCAACAGAGAAUUUUUUUUUUUUUUAAUUCCCCGUCAGACAAGAAUGCAGAAGAUGUGAACUCCCAUCACGACCCAGGUAACUUAUCACAACAUACCGUGGAACAGCACCUGCGGACUCCUGGAACUAUAACCACUAUAGCUUGCCUUAAUGUUUGUUUGGAGUGUUUUUUUAUACACACACUUAAAUAUUUCGACUCCAGGAAGUGUUAUAAGUUUUGUCAUAUCUUUGUGGGAACAUCUAUGCUAUGUUAAUUGAAGCAUGAACAUACAAGAGGCUAGUACUCUUAUUAUAUUCUCUGUACAACUCUCCUGUUAAAUCCGUAUGUCCAUGCAGAAGGUUUGCAAGGCUAAGUGAAGAGAUCCUCGUAUUGUGUGUAGGACUUGUGACAUUUAUUCUUCCUCUUUUGUAAAACUUAGUCACUGCUAGUUAAAAAGUUAAACAUUUAGAUUGGUUGUGCUACCCUUUCCUUUUGAUAAUUUUUCAAAAUUAAAUAUACAUACUUUGCCAUUCUAUGUAUGUAAAUUGGUUAACUCUGUAGUUCCAUACACAAAGCGCGCAUGCACCACACUGCUUGAGGGAAAAAACAAGCGUGCAUUUACUUACCUCUGUUUUUUUUUUUUUUUCCAGCAUUUACUAUGUUGAAGAAAUGAGGAAGUGUCUCUUCUCUGGAAGUGACAAUUCCUCUAUAAACAAAGUCAUUUAGAAUGAUUGUAGGAAUUUUUCACAAACAUUUUUAAUCUGAAAAUUCCAUGAUUAGAUAUAGAAAAAUAAAUAAAAACCCUAUACAUCUGAUGGAAUAUUUAUUCAUUUUUCUCAUAUAGGCGUUAAUACAUGUAAUCACUGGGACAAUGGGAAAAGAUAGCAAGUAACAGGAUGUGAAAUGGGGGUAGAUUUUGGAUGUGCACGGGUUGAUCAAUAGUUUUGUGGAUGUGUAGUGGGAGGAUGUGGACUUGUGAAUGUGCACUGGGGUGGGAGGGGUAUAGAUUUGUGUAGUUGGAGGUGAGGAAUUUUUCUUUUUUUUUUUAGUGUGGAUUUAGUGUUUUUUAAUUAGUGGUGGGUGGAUUUCCAGCCCUGAAUGUCUAUAUAGAAUUUUCUAUCAAAUGUGUUUUGGAAUAGAUGGUUUAAUCUGUUUUUCAAAACCAAAGAUAGCCUGGAAAGUUGUUAACCUGUGAUGUACAGUUUGUUUUGCUAAAGACCUGAAAAUCGCUAAUAUGCUAAGGAACUGUGAGAGGCACAUAGAAUACAAGGUCUCACUUUUAAUCUUCUACCCCUCCCAAAAAAGUAAGCAAACAAAGCGCUCUCAUAUUGUGUAGCAAGUAAGUAAUAGAAACUAGCACACAGCUAAAUGGAUUUGGUUUUAGACACUAUAGGAUUUGCACAUAAGACAGAUUUUAAUUUUCUCAAGGCGUGACGUUUUGUCGCCCUGAGCUGGCUGCUCUUUUCAUGUAAUUUCAAGGAUUCUUUUUUUUUUUUUUUUUUAAUGGUCUCAGUACUUGCACAAAGCUUAGAGAUAUAUCCACAGGAGGGAUUCCUAUCUGUUUUAUGUAAGGCCUGCGGUUCCCAGCUUUAUAGCGCAGUGUCUGGAGAGGGGAUUGAAGGGAUAGGGGACGACAGCCCAGAUUGCCAGCAGGGUGUCCAUAAAACAGAUUGCCAGCUAGCUGAACAUGCCCUGUAUUUUUUAUUUAUACUUCUAUAUCUUUUUUAAUGGAUACUUUUUUUUUUUUUCCGUAUUUCCAAGUGUGUCCUGGAUGUAUAUACAACUGACUGCAUCCUGGUUUUUUAUUUUAUUUUAUUUAUUUUAUAAAAUCUUUUAUUUUUAUUUUUAAAGGAUACAUUUGAGAUUUCUCUCAUUUUCAAGUAUGCUCCUUAAAGGAUACUAUAGUGGCAAGAAUACAAGCUGUAUUCAUGGCACUACCGACCCUCCUGCCUUCACUCCACACCUCCCCUUCCCCCUGUAAGUAAAGGGUUUAAAACACUUUAUUUACCUUUUCCCAGCGCUGUUGUCCCUCUGCGUUGGGUAGACGCUCUGCCCCUUUCAACGUCUUGCCAUAAGCAGGCGAUAAUGCGCAUGUGUGGCAAUUGACACACACACAUUAGACUUUCACUGAUUCAUUGAUUCAUUGAUUAAUGCUUUCCUAUGGGGAACAAUGACGCUGGAUGUCCUCAUGCAUCAGAUACUGGACCAAAGGUCUGUUUUAAUCUAGGAAGCCCUCUAGUGGCUGUCUGGGAAACAGCUAAUGGAGGCAGACUUAGAGCUACAAUGUAAACAUUGCAGAUUCUCUGGAGCUGCAAUACUUAACAUUGUAGCACUAAGUGCAAAAAAAGACACAGCACCCAGACCAUUUCAAUGAGUUAAAGUGGCCUGGGUGCCUAUAGUGUCCCUUUAAGGACACACAAAUACAAUGCCAUACGUUUAAAUGAGAUUUGUAUAUAUAAUACAGUAAUAAAGAGAAUAUGUGCAGCUGCCUUUUGGUUGCAUGUAGAUGUAUUCUGAUAUAUUCAGGUGAAAAUUUCAAAUGUAUGGCUGCUUAUUCCACGUGUGUACCUGCUGAGGAGGUGAAUGUUUUAAACCACCCUUUAGAGUUGAUGGAUGGUAAUAAGUAAGGUGCUGGAAACCGAACAGAACAGAAGACAUAUGGGAGUGGAGGCAGCUGAAGUGAACAUACUGCUCAAACAUUUUGAAAUUUUUCCAGAAAAGUUGUUAGAAAACAGAUAAGAAAGGUGAAGGAUAUGUUUGGAUUCUAGAGUUAGCCAGCUUAGUGGUUUCAACAUAUGAUGGGUAUUGCAGUAACAUUGCAGAACAACGCACAAAAACAUUCAGAUUGUUCAGUUUAGUGGGAUGAGUUUACGGAGCUGAUCCAUAUGUUGCGUCUCCAUAUUCUGACUGCUAUUAAUAUUUGCUGUAUAAUCGUUUUUUUAUGGAAAGGUCUAAACAGGCAUUGUUUCUGCACAGAUUAGCUAGUUUGGGGUAAUGUUUGGAGGGCAGGUCUUCAAUAAGAAAGCCAAAUGGAGAGAUUGAGUGCUAGCCGCCUUCCAAGAUACUUACAGUAGGCGACUGUCUAGGUUACAUUUGGACCUUACAGAAAGCAAAAAAAGUGUGCAGCGCAUAGUGAUGAAAAUCGCCAAUUAGUUCACUCUAAACCACUUUGGGAUAUUUUGCGUCACAUUCAGUAAACCUCUGUGAAUGUUUUAUUGCACUUUUAGAUUAUUACAUUUGGACCUUGUCAAAAUGCUUGAAUACCGUUGCAACAUACUCUUAUUUAUAGCAAUCCAUCUUUCAGACACUGAGAAAUGCUAUAGCACAGCCUCAGGUCAUUAUAAUGUUGUCAUCCACAUGCAUGUGCACUGUUAAUGCAUUUCAAGGUUAUCCUAAGUGAUGUUAAUUUCUGCUCUUAGCUCACCAACAUGUUCUUUAACUUGGUUACAUGUAUUUAUUUUCUGCUUCAUUUGGGGGGUGUGUGUUCCCCAGUUCCUUGUUUAAUUACACAUUCAUAUUAAUAAACAAACACAUUUCUCUUAUAAUUUAAACCAUAGCAAGUGAUAAAAUGGCGCUGUGAAAUUUUUUCAAUAGCGGCAAUUUAUUUUGUGUGAUAAACUAAUACACAAAAUCUACUAUACUGGUUAACUCUAUAAGGUUCGCUGUGCCCUUAAAUAAAUUAUAAAUAUAGGUGCCUUUGUUAAAUCUAUAAAUAACUAUUCAAACACACGUGUCCAAUGAAAUUCUUUGUGCGAACGGGAUCACCACAACUCCUUGUGUAAGCCAUGUCAUCCACAACAUUGCACAUACAAGAAAAAGGAAUCAUACGUAGUGUAAAACCAAGAUAUACACAUUUGGGGACGAGGAAAUUUUUCUGUGUACUCACAAGUACAGAGCAGGUAGACACUGCUCAAACUGUAAAGGCUCUAAAUGUAUUAUUCCAGGUUUGUGGUACCCCAUACAACAAAAACAGAAGCGAUGGAUGACUUAAAGCAGACUUUAUUAAUUGAUCACAAAGCACAAGCAGGAAACUAAAAUUUUCUAUUGCAUCCCUGAUACCAGUCCUCGGUUCCGGUCAGAAUGAAUCUUUGCUGUCGAUAUUUGUCUUCCAGACACUUGUAGACUGCUUGCCGGGCUAACUCUGGGUAGAGGUAAGGGCAGCCUGGUGGAUAAACAAUGAGAAAGUAACCUGCGCUCUGGCCCAAAUCCCGUUGUACAUUUAAAACUUUCUCUUUGUUUUUACCAUGUAUUUUGAGCUGUCCGAUACUAAGCCACUGUUGCUGUAAGCGUGGUGCUUUAUUUUGUGUUUGCAGCCUGUGAUGUAUGCCUGCGUACAAGACUUAAAGCGGCACUGUCUUGGCCGAAUCCAUUUAAAAAAAAAUUUAAAAAAAUUAAACCCCCUUCCCAACUCCGCUACAUCUAAUUGUCCCCCUAAGCCCCCCAUAUUACCUCUUUUUAAAUCUUUAUUUUCUGCCCGGACCUAGGUCCUGGGCGCCACCAUCUUUGUGUGGGUAGAUUAAGUCCCUGUGGGACACGUCAUUUGCCCACCCCCUCCCCUCCGAAUGGUGACACAUAGUGUCCCCCCCCCGCCCCCCCCCGAACCAAGGACACCCUUGGCGGAAGGGUGUCCUAAAUUAUAAUAAUCGUGCCUAUUGUCCUCCUUCCUGCCCCCGCCCAUGGGUGAUGGGUGGAGGCUAAGUGUAAAUACCCCCCCCAGGUGACUAGUAGUCCCUAAUCCCCUAGUCACCCUCCUCCAACCUCAAAAAAAAUUAAUAAAGACCUACCUACCCCCUCACCCUAAAACUAAUGAGGAAGGAACAAUAAAACUAAAUCCCUGUAAAUAAAAAAUAACUUUUUUUUCUAAAAUCUUAUUUUUUCAGCCCCCAAACAGGACAAAUAAAAAUCCAUAAUACCCGUCGAAUUUGAAAAUAAAAUUUUAAAAAAAUCUGACGAAAAAAAACUAAACCCGACUUGUCUUCACCCAUGGAGGGCACGGCUUAUAAAGCUUUUCCACACCCUGCACUUAGGUUUAGAGCACUCUGAAUGCAUGAUUACAAGCCAAUCAAUCAGAGUGCUCUGACAGGUAAAUGAAGAGACUGACCGGUAAGUCACUACAUUUACCGGUCACUGACUUGAAAUCCAACCAAUCAGAGUGCUCGGUGUCAUUUUACACAGUGUGGGAAAGUUCUUUGGAAUUUAUACUGGGUUGUUUGACAUGCCCCUACUCACGCCAAAGCGAGUAGGGGCAUAAUUUACGAAUACUCAGUCAUCUUUACUUCGUAUUAGUAAAUUUGUCUGAAAGACCAAUUUAGGUAUUUAAGCCUUUUGGUAGAUAGCUCCCUAAUACCAUGGGAAUUAGGGCGUUAUCUAGUAAGCGGCUGCAAGAUGCAACCGCAAUCGGUUCAGAAAUUUCUAUCUGAACAAAGUCACGAAUUGCAUCCUAACACGAGUUGAGAAACUGUUCUCAUUCUGUUAGGACGAAAUUCAGUGGUUUCAUCGGUGUUCUGUCUAAAUGACCGGAAGCAUCGCAAGAUCACGGAGGAAAGGUGAGAAUUGUGAGAAAAUUACUUUGAACACCGGAAACAGAGCACACUUUGUUCCUCCGCUGGUCAAGCGUAGGAAACCUCCAUAAGGCAAAGUAGUCUCUACUUUGUCUUAUGUUUUAAAGAAAACUAGAGCAGACAGGAAGAAAUGAAGAACAGAUCCUGACAGAGGGAGAGAAGAGGAAUCGAUUGGGGAAAGGUAAGUUUGGCAUGACAGUGCCGCAUUAAAGUUAGCAUUAGACAUCCCUACCCGUGUAGUUAGCAAGAGUGAACGUGUGCUAAAAAAAUUGAAAAUAAUUUUUUUUUUUAAUCUGAUGUGGAACAAAAAUGUAUAAAAACUUAAUAUAUUGUUACCCUAUAUUAUCAACCAUGAAAGGUUCCCCUUAAAUAAAAAAAGAUAAAACUUUAAAUUUAAUUGCACCAUCCAAUAUAACUGAACAUAAAACCAGAGCUUUCUUAGGUGUAUGUAAAAUAAAAAUCAACAUUACAUAAUGCUUUGAAUUGUAUACUUAGUAUUCUGUUUACUCCUAUACACCAAAACCUUGGAUACACUGUAAAUGCAUUGUAAAUUAUAAGGCAAAACUGUAAACCUAGCAGGGCUGAAAUAAUCAGUUCCCACUACUUACGAAAGAUCAUAAGGCAAUAAUUGGUUAUCCAUGUAUUAUAUAUGUGUGGGGGGGGAAAGUAUGUAGUUACUCCUAAACACACUGAUAUAACUGACAUCAAAGAACGAUCAGCGAUGGUAAAUCACACACAUAACAUUCCCUGACUUAUAAAAAAAAAAAAAAAAAAAUGUAUAUGUAUAAUGUAAAAAAAUGCUAAAAAAAAAUACUGUGACCAAAAAAAUAUAUAACUAAAUAUGUGCCUAUGCUAGUGUGGAGAAGCAAAAAAAGGUGUGCAUAAAAGAAAUGUAUUUUCUGUUCUAAGUGUGAAAGAAAACCUAGCAAAAAAAACAAGCAACCAUAUAAUAUAUUCUUGAAAAAAGUCCAGUACGAUUAAUGGGUGUUUAUCACUGAACUAAUCAACAAUUUCACGUACAAAGUCCUUUGAGUGCGCUGUUCUUGGACUAUUUAUAUAAAAAAUAAUAAUGAAAACAUAAAGUCAAUGAAAAUAAUGACAAAAGAUGAAUAAAGAAAAAAAGAAAAGUUUAAAUUUAUUAAACUAUCACAAAAUACCUAAAAUAAGGGAAUGCAGUAUUAACAUUCUGAUAAGAAUGGUGUCAAAGGAGCUCUUGAGGAUACGGUAUCCAGUGUUUUAAACCAAUGUACCUUUCUUUGAGACUAAAUUUGGGCACUAUUUCCACCUCUCUCCUCAAUGAUGGGAUAUAAUCCAAGCAAUAAACUGUAAUGUAGUCUAUGUGGAAAUGGCCACCGGCUCUUCUGUCACGGAACGCAGUUGUGGUGGCUGGUCUAUACCGUCCUAUUCAAUUUCUGACCGUGAGUUUAGUCUUCCCAAUAUAUGAAAGUCAAUUUGAAUAGGUUAUCAUGUAGAUAACGAACUCUGUCAAGCAUGUGAUGUCUUAUCUAUAUCUCUUGCCUGUGUGGGGGAUGGGCAAAUUAAUAACCUGACGUGAUUACAUUUCACACAUCCAAGACACUUACAACAACCAGGCUUUGUAAUCAUUUCAAGUGUUUCAUAGCUUCUAUGUGGGUCCGUGUGGACCGAUAAAUCCUUGAUGUACCUACCUUGAUUCCUCCUAUUGAUAGGGCAUUUGAAAAUCUCUGGCAUUGCGGCAUAUGCCGACAAUUUAUUCCAAUGUUUAUAAAUGGUCUUAUGGGAGAGUAGGUCAUGUUGAAUAGUAUAUCAAAAUAAUUCUCAUUCAUUCUAAAUUUGGCUGUUGUUGAUUUUGACUUUGGAAGAAGAGAAUUGCUCUACAAUUAGCCUUAUCCAAAAUCCAUGAAGAACAUCCUAUAGUAAGGAAUCUGUUGUCCAUUGUCUAUUUGUUUCUCAACUGUAAAUUUAUCAGAAUUUUUUUCUCCACACUAUCAAAAAUUGAGAAAUGGAUAAAGCCUCCCUAAAUGACGUGGAUGACAACUUUGAGCUUGUAAGAGAGAAUUGCAGACUGUGGGUUUCCGAAAUAACAUCUAUCCAGGGAUUGUAUGCUCUGGGAAUUCUUUGUCAAAGUUACAUGCACUGAAUGUGGUGCAUUAUUAAUGCUGUCUACAAAAGAUUAUAAGGUUGAUGCAGUAUCUAGCUAAAUAAGAAAGAUGUCAUCCAAAAAAAAGUAAUACAGUAAAAUAUUGUCGCAAUGAUUAGUUCAUAUGUAUUCUGUUUCAAAUUGGUGCAUGAAUGCAUUGGCAUAUGUUGGUGCCAUCGCCACUCCCGUCGUGGUCCCUGAGACCUGAAUAUAUUGUUUCAGUGCGAGUUCCAGUACUGCCAAAAGAAACUCAGUGGGUUGACCAAUGUACUGCAUUGACUGUUGCAGGAUGGUGGAUGUUGAUUUUAAAUCCAUCUUCAAAUUUUGUACACCUAACAGCCAAAAUUGCAUUGUUAAGAACUUCCACUGCACCCCAGGAAAAGACACUCUUAGCUCUCCUAAAGGUAGGGAGGCUUAGUGGGUCUCAAUUAAUACAAAAAUGCGAGUGUGAGGCUGUCGGAGUGGGUGAGUGUGAGGCUGUCGGAGUGGGUGAGUGUGAGGCUGUCGGAGUGGGUGAGUGUGAGGCUGUCGGAGUGGGUGAGUGUUGAGGCUGUCGGAGUGGGUGAGUGUUGAGGCUGUCGGAGUGGGUGAGUGUUGAGGCUGUCGGAGUGGGUGAGUGUUGAGGCUGUCGGAGUGGGUGAAAUAAGCCAAUAAUAGCCAGCUCCUUGGUUUUGCACCCCUCCCUGUUACAGGUGCCUCAUCUCAGGAUCCUAUUUAAGCCUUGUACUGCAAAGAACUCGAGAUGGAAGGAUUUCCCCAAGUGAGUAGCUCAUUUAGCAGACAGAGUAGGACCUGCCAAAGAUGGGGUACAUUGGCGUUGUGGCAGGCUUAUGCAAUGUAUGAUCAUAUAAUGUAACUAAACCCCCAUUAUUUUUUUGCCUAGAUUAGGUGUUUUUAAUACAACAAAAUUGUUCAUUUUCAUUUUUACUGAACCUAUGGAAUGUUCACUUUUAGAAACCUCACUAGUUGCACAAUGUUGGGGGCUUUGAUAGUCUCUGCAUAAAAUUCCAAGCAUCUAUCUUUACAUUUACAGGUGUUCUGUCUGUACUGUACAUUGCACCUUAUAUUUUAAUACAGUAAAAUAUUGUCGCAAUGAUUAGUUCAUAUGUAUUCUGUUUCAAAUUGGUGCAUGAAUGCAUUGGCAUAUGUUGGUGCCAUCGCCACUCCCGUCGUGGUCCCUGAGACCUGAAUAUAUUGUUUCAGUGCGAGUUCCAGUACUGCCAAAAGAAACUCAGUGGGUUGACCAAUGUACUGCAUUGACUGUUGCAGGAUGGUGGAUGUUGAUUUUAAAUCCAUCUUCAAAUUUUGUACACCUAACAGCCAAAAUUGCAUUGUUAAGAACUUCCACUGCACCCCAGGAAAAGACACUCUUAGCUCUCCUAAAGGUAGGGAGGCUUAGUGGGUCUCAAUUAAUACAAAAAUGCGAGUGUGAGGCUGUCGGAGUGGGUGAGUGUGAGGCUGUCGGAGUGGGUGAGUGUGAGGGUGUCGGAGUGGGUGAGUGUGAGGCUGUCGGAGGGGUGAGUGUGAGGCUGUCGGAGGGGUGAGUGUGAGGCUGUCGGAGUGUUGAGGCUGUGGAGGGGUGAGUGCUGAGGCUGUCGGAGGGGUGAGUGUUGAGGCUGUCGGAGUGGGUGAGUGUUGAGGCUGUCGGAGUGGGUGAGUGUUGAGGCUGUCGGAGUGGGUGAGUGUUGAGGCUGUCGGAGUGGGUGAGUGUUGAGGCUGUCGGAGUGGGUGAGUGUUGAGGCUGUCGGAGUGGGUGAGUGUUGAGGCUGUCGGAGUGAGCGCACGAAAGAGAGCCUGUCAUCAGUGUGUGUGUGUGUGUGCGCGCGCGCGCAUAUUAGGUACCUGCCCCUCCGAUCGCACGAGAGAGAGGUGUUUUUUACUCACUUUUUUUUUUUUUCCCCGUGCCACUUUCGCCACGGUUGGUACCACCUCCAUGGCUGAGAUUAUCAAUCUUUAUGAUCAGCUAAGCCAAUGCUUUCCCUUAGGAAAGCAAUGGGAGGAUUUUGUGCAUGCGCAGCAAAUGUGCCAAUCCGCAUCUCCUCAAAGGGAUGCAUUGAAUUAAUGAUUCUCUGAGGAACAUUCAGUGCCUCCAUGCAGAACUUGGAGACCCUGGACGUUGGUAUUUCUUGUGGCUGUGUGAAUGAUGGUCACUAGAGGUUGUAACUAAGCAGCAAUGUAAACACUGAUGAAAAGGCACUGCUUACACUGAAAAGCCUGCAUGGUAUAUAGUCACCAGAACAACUACAUCAAGCUGUGGUGAUUCUGGUGACUAUAGUGUCCCUUUAAGAAUUUCAUUUUUCUCGUUGAAAAUGACAGGCUCCUAGAUUCCAAACAAAUUUGUCAAGCCCUGCAUCAAUGGGUCUUGAAAAAGUUGGAAAAGUUUUCUAAUUCAGCUAACAAAGUUACAAAGAAAAUGCAAGAAAUUCAUAGGAGGAUUUUUAUUGUCUUUCUUUUCAUUUUCCAAACAAACAACAAAGUAAAAUCAAUGUGACUUUUCAUUAUUGACAGACUCGUUCUUAUCUGCCAUCACAUGCUCUGCUCGGUUAUUGCUCCUCUGCUAGCAAAUGUUUUUAUAUUCUUUUCAAUUUUACAGUAUGCUGUAAAACUCUGCGGAGAGAGAAAACCCAUGUGAUGCAUGGCCAGGUAGAGCAUGCAUGCCAAUUACAUUCUAGCACCAUCCUAUGUAAACACAGUAUUGGUGCACAGAAUUCUAUUUGGCAUAAUACUGUGUUGUAUUGAUUGACGUUCUUAUAAAUAGGUACAAAGAGCACAGCCAAUGCAUCUACGGGUAAAGCAGUCGGGUUUUUGUAUUGCAGUAGGAAGUGAAUAUCUUGAUCAACAUGAUAGUUGAUAAAAGAAUGUUAAGAAAAAAUAAGACUUAAUUUAAAAUUAUAUAAUACAAUAAUUUGGAAAAAAAAAUUAUUUCUUUUGGAAUGUUUUAAGUGUCUUCAUAACUUUUGACACAUUCAAUUCCUGAACCUAGAGGUGUGGAACAUGAUUGAAAUGUGCUAAUAAUUGAGACUUGCCUUCGACCUUCCUUUGAAGGUUUAGCGGAGCACGUCAUCCCUAUUAAGUAAUGUCGGUUAUGAACAUUUUAUUAUAAUGUUUUUCCUGCACAAUCAAAAAUGUUGUAUUUGUCAAUGUCACAAAGUGGCAGUCAUGCCAAAUUUGUUUUACGUUUUUAAAGUUCACCAAUGUUUACCUCCUUCCAAUUUCAGACUUAAAGGGUUACUCCAACCACCAUGACUCCUACUACCAUGACCACUUCAAAUCACUGAAGUAGUCAGUAUGUGUAUUGUUUCAUCCCUCCUAUCUGCUUCUAUUCCACAGUUCUUUGUGGGGGGGGGGGGGGUUUGUUGAAAAACCCUUCCUUCCUCCCUCCACUUGCCUUGUGACUGAGCCUGCGAAAUGGUCCAAUUGUGCAUCCGAGGGUCGCAAAACAUUAGCACCGGAAGUUUUGGCUGGUGCUUGGUUCUAGUUGAGUAAAACCUUUUUUCAGGUUUUACUGCAAAUUGAGAAGGGGUCCUUCUCUACAGUACCGAAUAGGGCAUAUUACACAAGGAAGAUCACCCCUAUAAUAAGGGUUAUAGUAACCCUGAUGAGUUACAGAUUUUCUAUAGUUCGGAGGGUCAUAAAAAGCUGCAUACCAAUCACUGCUCAGUGUCUAGGUUUUGUUCUCACACUGCAUCGACUACAAACACUUACUUACAUACAUUACAUUCCCUACUGCAGCUCUAAAUGUUAACAUAGUGGUGGUGGAAUGAGAGGCGGGCCCUGUAGACAGAGUUGGGGCCAGCUCUGUGGGCAGACCCGGGCGGACUCCUGGCCUUGAGCUUUGUAAGGCGCCCCAAAAUUUCUGAUGGCAGCCCUCCUUGGCCAUAAAUACAUUUAUUACCGAGAUUUUAGUUUACUGUAUUAUUUUUGCAUAUUUCCAUUUUUUAUCUUAAGACUUUAUUUAAAUAGGUAGAUAAGGUAAUUCCAGCAUGUUGUAUCAAAUCUGAUUUGAAAGUAUAUGUAUAUAUGCAAUUAUAUAUAUGUGUAUGUACAUACACUAGCUAUAUAUUGAUAGAGAAAAUCUGGCUGUGUUAAAUAUGGAGUAAUUUACCAGCAACAAAUCUAUGUAACUAUAGACCAAUAUCUUUGUCCAUUUGCCGUGUUUGUUCCUAAGGUUUAUGCUGUCAAGCUGUUUUUGGAGUCACUAUUCUCAGUACUAGAUUAAAUACCCUUCUGGUCUGGGGUGUAUCAGCCGGAAGAUGUGCUGUCAUGGUAACUCCAGUUAACCUCUAAAUCCACUGGCUUCAGAAGAAUUUUAAACCUCCUCAGUUUGCCUUCCACCCACACGUCUUUCGAUCUGUUGCCUUUAAAGCUGAAUUCGAAUGAAGCAUGGCUAGAUGACUAACUGGCUUACGUUCAGACCGCUCAACAUGCUUGUAUCAUUAUUACGUCUCUCAUCAUUAGAUUUAUUAGGUUGUUGCAAUUGUAAAACAUCUGAGGAUUCCUUUUGCAGGAUACAGUGUGCAGUCAUAAGGUCAGUGACACGGCUGACUUUACUAGCAGCAAUCAAAGACUGCUUCUCCUCAUUCAUGUAGUUAUCAUUUUUUAAUGCUUCCAACGGCUCUUGGCUUUACCAUACUCAUUUGUGACUGGCGAGUGUAUGAGCACAUAAGAAAAAAAAAAAAGUUUAAUGACACCGUUAUAAAGUCUAAUAAGUGAAUCACUUGAGAAUUUACCUCUAAUGUGUAUCUGAUGAGCACAAUUUUAUAAAUGUUGGCGUAGUGGAGGAUAUUUAUAAUGGUGACAUUAACAGAAACUUGUUUUAAUUGAUCAAUUUGCAGCAUCUCAAGAGAUAUCUGAAGACCUGCAUGUUCUUUUGGAGAAAAAAAAGUGUUGCCGUGGAGGCUGACUUGUGACAAACGAUGCCACAUAUUCAUUAGUCAAAUAAGGAGAUAAACUAUAAAAAUGAUUUCACUUGGCCUAUCCGUUGUCUGCUUACUUUGACCGGAAUGAUCUGUCUUUACAGUUCCUGACUGAUCCAGUCUUACAGCCAAAAUGUAUCUGAUACGCACAAACUCAUUUUGAGACCUACAGCCUAAAAUUGUUGUCUUGUUCUCAUAAAUAAAAUUAAAAGCUGAUCUGGGAUACCGGUACACCCCCCUCCACCAACAAAGUUUAAUAACAUUAAGACACUAUAAUUAUUUGUUUCACCUGUAGUUUUGCAUUUAAUCAGGUUUUAAAAAAAAUGUUGAAUUUGUAGAAGGAAAAAGAAGCCGCUUUGUUUCGGAAAAGUUAUAUUUCAAGCUACAACAAGUUUCUCAUUCAUGCCUAGCGGCUUUAUGCAGUGUUUUAGUUCUUUAGCACACUAAACUAACAUCAAGCAGAAUUAUUGCUAAUGAUGAUUUUGCCUACCAGGAGAAAAUUUGCAGGAAAAAUGGUUUCAAAUUUCUUAAAGGAACCGCAAAUCAUUUGUACUUCCUGGAUGUUAUGUGCAAACAAUUGAAGCUGAGAGAGGAUCUAUAUUACAGCUAAAGGGUUAUAAUUUCCACAAACGGGUCAUUUAGCACAAACAUUUCAUACAAGCAUCAGCUUUAAUAGAAUAUCCACUUAAUGUGAUAAAAGGCUCACUUAGCAUAAACCUCUACUUUUCCUUUAAGCUCUGUGCAAGUAUGAAAAUUCCAAAUGCGUUUUUGAAAAGAAAUAUUAUAUAACACUGUUUACAUGUUUUACUCCACUGGCAUUAGAAGGAGCAGAGGGCCUCCCAAAAAUAAAUGGUUCGGGCAUUCUGCCAAAACAAAUCAUAGGAAGCCGUUCUGAGUGUUUCUCCUUGCCCUUUGGCUGUAAUUGGAAUGGAUAUUCUGAGCUGGCUUACAUGUGUGACCAUUAUUACUGACCAGGGGAUAUUAAGGGAUCUUGAGAAGCCUGCUGGACCUAAUUAGGGGCGCAAAAUACUUUUAACGUUUUAUCAUCUUGCCUCAGACUCUAUCCAUUGUAAUACGAAUGGCAUGUUAGUUACUUAACCCCUUAAUUAACUAUGACAGUCUCGGACAUCACAGACCGUUGAUUUCUAAGGAUAUGGCUCCACAAUUAAAUCAGAUGGGCAGCUGCAGAAAAUGAACACAAAAUUUCAUGUUGGCAAAUAUUUUCUACUGUAAACACUGAAAUGCUCAAAACCCUAUAAGUGACAUCUUUUGUUAUAAUUUUUAGCAUAUCGAUAUGUUUGGCUGCACUAUUGGUCUGUUUCUCUUUGUGGUAUGUCAUUUUCGGAGAACCAAAUUAUUAAAAUCAAGCCUACAAUCCUCUCUCCUGUUGCAGUUAUUGUACUGCUCAAAUGAGAUAGAGAGAGAGAGAGAGAGAGAGAUAUAUAUAUAUAUAUUGUAUUUUCUGGCGUACAAGAUGACUUUUUAACCCUGAAAAAUCUUCUCCAAAGUCGGGGGUCGUCUUAUACGCCGGGUAUAGGGUCUAUAUGGCUGCCGGGGGCGCCCUGCGACCCCAUUACUGGCCCUUCUAAUGCUGCAGCCGCCUGAGCGCUCUAUAGAGAACGCUCAGACGGCUGCCGCACUGCCUCUCUUCUCACCUCUCCUUCCCUGUGCAGAGUGGGUGGCCGAGCUCCUCUUCGUCCUGUUGGUCCGGAUGGGUACCGCGCGGUACAGGAGAUUCAGUUACCUGUUCCCGGCCGGACUGAAAGGAAGUGCACAGGGAAGGGGAGAUAAGAAGAAUGUAGGGAGGAUUGGGGGGGUAGGGGGGAGUAAAAAGAAUGGAAGGGGGGAUUAAAAAGAAUGGAGGGGGGGGGAGUAAAAAGAAUAUAUCGCAAUUAGCCUCCUGUGUGCUAGACCAGCAGGCAUGGAUUAUAUGCCCAAACAGCCGGGCACAUACCUGGGCUUUAAAUGCUAUUUCAGAUUAUCAUUAUUUAAUGUCUUGCUGUGUAGCUCUGUCUGCUCACUGUACAUCAUGGCUAAUUUUUAUUUGGUGUGCAUUGGAAGAGGGGUAGUCUUAUACGGCGAGUAUAUCCCAAACUCUAUAUUUUAACUGGAAAAGUUGGGGGUCGUCUUAUACGCCGGAAAAUACGGUGUGUGUGUAUAUAUAUAUAUAUACCGUAUUAGACUAUUUUAUAUAUAUAUAUAUAUAUAUAUAUAUAUAUAUAUAUAUAUAUAUAUAUAUAUAUAUAUAUAUAUAUAUAUAUAUAUAUAUAUAUAUAUAUAUAUAUAUAUAUAUAUAUAUAUAUAUAUAUAUAUAUAUAUAUAUGUCAGUUUGGCUCUAUGGUAUAUUGUACUAUGAUCUUUGCAUAGUACACAAGAUCCAGUGCUUUGUCUGUUUUUCCUACUCAUUUUUUUCAAGCUAUGCCUGUUAUAUCUACUCUACCACAGGAGGUAAUUGCACUGCCUCUACAUAUAAUUUAGAGCUUAGCACAACUUUUCACAUUUUGAGUGAUAGUCUGUUGAUAUGUUUCUACCACUUUUUUUGCUUUACAGAAUUGUGCUAUAUUGUUGUCCGUCCCCCGUCCCCCCUUUCUUUUAUACCGUGUCCUCUUAAUGAAGAACAGACUUGAGUCAUCGCUACUUAUGUUCUUAGACCAAAUAUUGUUUAUUUGUCAGUGCUUUUUUUGUGCCUGUGUGUCUGUUUUUUGUUUUUAAAUUGAGGGCCUCUCAGUUUUGUGUCUGCUUAAUAUUCCUCCUGCCCCUUCUUUUUUAGUUUUUUUUCCCCCCCUAUUUUCUAUUUUUCUUAAGUGACACAUCUUUCCUUUAAUGUCUUCAUUAAUUUGUCAACCUCUGUAGUAGGGGGUAAAGUAAAAGUGGAUAAUCUAUUCAUAGGUAGGCGAGCUUCACUGAAUGUUUUGGGUGGAUUGAAGACAGAGCGUUAACUCUCCUCCCUCUCUUAUUUUCUGUGCCCGUCUGCUUGAAAAACAUGAAUUGCCAUGCUGCUUGUUCACCACACGCCACAUUUUCCUACCAGUAGGGAAUAGUUUUAUGCAGCCCAUUUUGUACACUUUGACUCAUGGAUCAAUGAUACCUAUUGAGAAAUAUUUUAUUUUUCACCUCCAUGCUUCUGAAAAGUAGUAAUGCUGUUUUCUUUGUAUGCUUAUCGCAUUUCCAAAGGGCCAUAAAAGGCAUCCAAACAAAUAGGCAUGUCAUAAUGCUACAUCUCGCAACACUUAUUUAGGACUUCACUUAUUAUCCCUUAACUCCUUCACCACUAACCCUUUUAUACACAGGGGAGCUAGAGGGGGGUGGGGGGAGAUGGAGAUUCUACUAUGCGCUGCAUGUCGUUUGCGUCAUUCUCAUAUUUAAAAAAACAAAUAUAAAAUUAUAAUUUAUUACGUUUACUGGAAGUAAUGAUUCUAGUGGAGCUUUUUAGAUGGGGUUUCAUAUUACUUUUAUCUGCUGAGAUCAUUAUUCACUAAGUACAAUAUUAUAGUUAAAUAAAACAUUUAGCUAAAUCGUGCUGAGAUGGAGAGACAAAACUUCCCAAGUAAGCCUCAGCCACAACUUAAUUAUUUUUGUCUAGAUUUUUGUCAAGACUCUCACCCAUUCGGUGUUUUGUGUCUGAAAUCUCAUGUACCCUUUAAAAUCUUUUUAGAAUCAAUUUUGGUAGAGUGAAAUGGUGAAGUCGAUCACCGAGUUAAAUACUUUGUUUGCAGUAGCAAAACGCAGCACAUUAAACAUAUGUUGACAUAAUUACCAGAGGGCCAAUAAUCUAUAUGUUUCUUCCCAAAGGAACGCAAAGCUCUUAGCAUGCACUCUCUGACGUAAGCAAAUUGUCUGCCAAUAAAUAAUGUGUUAUUUUAUGUUUUGCUGUCACAGGCUCUCUGCAGUACUCUGCUUUUAUAUAUCAUUUCUCAUUCUGUCCUCAAUGAAAAAUGCAUGUAAGCAGUGUAAACUAUGCCUGCUAUCUUAAAAAAUACAAAUUUACCCAUAAGGGAAGAAAAAAAACAAUUUCUGGUUGUCGUGUUUUUUUUUUGUUUGUUUUUCUUACGAGAUCUUGGUAAUUUAAGAAUUUGAACAUGUCUGUGCCUUGAGUUAAUGUUCUGCCCAAAAUGCAAAACAUUAAAAUUGGAUGUUUUCAGACAUCUUACAAGAACUGUCGCUUCUCAUAAGGGGACAGUUCUUCUGUCUCCAGUAAACGCUUUUAAAAUGAAUACUGGGGCGAGUAUUGCGGCAGAAGCAAGUAUAAAAUGACCUUUGACGCAGAUCUGUGUCCAGAUCUUUGACAUCAUGCCAUGAUGCUCUGUGUGUUCACGUGCAUGCUUGGGCAUCUGCGGGGGCAAUGCUACACAUGCCCUCGUAGCGACUGUUCGCACAGCACUGUGGGGUUUAAAUUAAUUUACAUGAUAUGCUCUGACUGUGCCAGGACAGUCUGUCAUACAAUGUAAACUGAAAAUUCUAAGAACUUUCAGGAAGAAAAAAGGCAACCCAUAGCUAAACUGUGUAUCAAAUGGUUUUUUUUUUUCUUUCUUUUUAAAAUGUCUGUUUUAGUAUCAUCAAGCAGAUUUAAUGGAAACAGCUACGUUUCGACCUGUACCCAGGUCUUUCUCAAGCUUGAUAAAAACUUGAACAGUUUGAAUAGUUGGCAUGUCCAUUAAAUCUGCUUGACGUUAUCACAGUGAGUGCCUGAGAUUUUUUUUAUUUUGAUAUAUGAUUGAUGGGGUAUGCGGACUCAUGCUCAGUUAGCACCCUGUGAUUUUUAUGAUUAAGUGCAACCCCUUCUUUCUUUUGUUUUAGUAUUAAGUCACACUUGGGUAGUUGCGCACAUAUCUGAAUAUUUACUUGGCUUUCCUUCAUACAUCUUUAUUUGGAUUCAAAUUCCCAAAUGUUUGAAUGGCUAAUUAUACAGAUCAAAACCACGGUUCAGCCAACCCACCGACCUCUUCCACUUGGUAUGAACAAAGCCAAUAGUUGUAAAGCAAGGGAUGUUGCUAGGUAGCAAAAGAACAGUGGCUACAAAGUUUUUAGCCCCUUCCAGCCUUAUUUUUGCUUGCUAUUCAGAACUCUGCUUCUUGUUUAUUUAAUCAUUACAUUACAUACUUCGUCAUCACCUAGCCAGGAAAAUCAGUAGAAUAGGUUAUCAAAAAAUAGGGAAUUGGUUAUUUGUUUUUCAAUUUUACAAAUGAUGCAAGCGAAAUAGUACAAUUGCAGAUUUUUAAGGACACUAAAGGUCACUAAUGAAAGAUGCUUGAAGGAACACUACUCUGUUCAAAUACAACAAUGAAAAAUCACUGUUUACUAGAAAUACCCCCAAAUGAAGGAUGCAUGCAUUUAAUUGUUUUUUUUUUUCAUUGUGGUUAUGUCUAUAAACAGCUUGCAAAAGCUGCAGAUCUUGUGUCUGCAGCCUUUGCAACCAUCCCCUUCUAAUCCAGCCCAGACUUCAUGACUGUCCAAUCACAGGCUUGUUAAUGCAGCUCAAUGAGAAGUCUUUGCAAGGCAAUAAAAGUUUUCGAAUGCCAAGCAUCGCUUCUCACCUCUCUCAUGCGAAAGCUCUCUGUCAGAGGUAAACCCGGUGGUGUGUAGCUUAGCUCCUUGGUCGAGUGUGAUAAACAGGAACUUCUGUUUUUUUGGCUUAUGUAGCAGAGGUCGGGGAGCAGCAUGCCCGCAAGGUAAGAAAUCAAGCUAUUCUUCCAGGUAAAGAAUCAAACAGUUUGACUACUUACAUGGAGGGGGGAGGGGGGAUGCUAGUGCAAUCUUGGCACCGUAGCCACAUUAUGGAGCUUGGCGUGUUCUUUUAAAUCAGACAGGGGCUCUCAGAAACCAGAUCAGGGCCACAACUUUGUCUCCCCAGCAACAUUACUUUUGGAGAUGGGGAGGAAUCCCAGUUGUUAAAGAGAUAUCCAUCCACAGUUAGAUGAUAUUCCACCGGUUCAACAAUUUUGAGAAGAAAAGGACAUGCCCUAGUAUGUUGAGUGUGUUAAGGAGCCAAAUGCCUGACCGUGUAAGAACAGGUAAUGCUCGGGAGAAUUAAUUUCUUGAAGUGAUUGGAUAAACCUCAAAUGCCAAGGUGAGUUUUUAUUGUGACAUUAGGAGAUUAACAUAAUGCUUCACACAAAUCUCUACCAUAUAAAGUGUAUGUGUAAUUUAAAAAAAAAAUGUUUUUAAUCUAUUUCAUUUGUUUUGUAAUCCAUAUAUGUCCUUACAUUUUAUUUUAUACUUGUGUAUAUAUGUGGUGGGUAUUGGUGCGUUAUCUUAGUGUAUAUUUGUGAUUAGAUAUAUAAUGUGGAGGAUAUGUGACUCGCUCUCUAUUAUACUAAUUAGAUUGAAUUAUGGAACAGAAAACAGAAAUACGGUGUGCAUUGAUAUGUGUAUAAAGAUUUGUGGAUCGCUGCCACCAGGAAAUUUCAUACAGUAAUCUAUUUUUGUUUUAAAAUUGAUGCAGCUUUGCCUGCUUAGCUGAAAUUAUCAAGUUUUAUAUAGAAAAGCAUUGGAAUGCUAUUGCACAUGCGCUUCAAUAUACUAUGCUGUGCCAAUCAGCAUCUCCUCAUAGAGAUGUAUUGAAUCAAUGCAUCUCUGAGGAGUGUUCAGCAUGAUGCUGAAUGUUACUGCUGCACAUUGUACAGCACUGACCCAGGAAACAUCUCUAGUGACCAUUUGAGUAACUGCCACUAGAGGUGUUCCUAGGCAGUAAUGCAAACACUUUUCUCUGGAAAUGCACUGUUUAUAUUAAAAUGCCUGCAGUGACGGUCAGUAGAUACCAGAACUGUAGUUAUUUUGGUGACUGUAAUGUCACUUUAAAAGUCACUCAACACUGCAAACUUGCAGGAUCCAUAGCUUGCAGUGGCAAGUCAUUUUUGAGGCCCGGCUAGUAGCAUAGGUCUUGAAAUUUUGAGAGAGAUAUAUCUGUCCUCUAUAUAAAGACGUGCAAUGUAAAUACACAGAAAAUCCCUUGGAAGUACACACAGCCAGACGUUCUAAAUAAACUCUUGUGUCACAUGUGUUAAUUUGUCUUCUAAGAGGUGGAAGCAGUGUCCCGUGGCCUUCCCACCUCUUACUUAUUUAUUUAAGCGACUCAUGCGUUCGACAUUUGAGGCAAAGUAGCUGUGAUAUCAGAAUGGCUGUUGCUGUAAGUAUUGGCACAAGGAUGUUGCUCUUGGCUGGAGAAAUGAAGGAAAGCAGAAUUUAUGCUUCUCUCUGGAUACGGAAUAGCAAACAGGAUUGCUAUGGAGAUGUGUUACUAAAUAAGGUUUUGCUACUUCAUUAGACAUGACCUUCCAAUGAAGAUUUCCCCCGAGACUGGUUUGAUGUAUAAAAUCCUUUAAUUGGGUUUGACCCAGUGCUAAGGCAGACUCAUACCAAAAGUAUGCAUGUGCAGAAUAACCUUUUUAAAGCCUACCCUCAUUCCUGCGUUCUUUAUUUAUUUGUAGAGUUAGUUACCUCCCCCGUUGAGCACUAUUUUGCUUGUUUGGUUUUAGAAAAUGCACGCUCUUGCAAUCGUCAUUGUUAACGUAAAAAAAGUGUUUUUCAUACACAUAAUAUAUUUUAAUUUUAUUUAUAAGUAGUUACUGUAUAUGGCUGCAGUUGUGUUCCCAAUAGAUCAGUAGUAGUAAUGUGGAACUUUCACAUUAUGUGCAAGCUGAGAGUCGUACACACUAGAGCAGUCAAAACUUUGCAAUUGUUAUGAAAUCUUAAAGGGGCACAGUGAGCACCAUAACAUGUUACUUGUAGAGAUUGAAGAGAUUCAUUGGUUCGUGUCAAACCGUUUUUUAUUUUUUUAUUUUUUUAUUAACUUGUCUCAAGCAUUCUAGCAUGACAUAGUCAUAAAAAAUUGGAUGGAUUAUUGUGAAAAGUCCACUUCCUCUUUAUUGGAGCAGCGUCAGAGGGACUGGGCCAAGCAUGUCCAACUUGCGGGCCACAUGCGGCCCAAAAUGUAUAUAUUUGCGGCCCACCUGCCCCUGGGCCGCUUUGUACUGUGGCUGUGAACAGCUGCAAGACAGGAAAGAUAUUCUUGUCUUCCCUCCCACUGACCGCAUGCCCCCGCAUGCCAGCCCACUCUCCCUUCUCUCCUGGUCACUGUGUCAGAGGAGCGUUUGUCCUGCUUGAGCUGAGAAGAGCACGGCUGGACCUGGAGGAUGGGCAGCUCAUCUUAAAGUAGGGGGGACCUUCCUGUGUAGUGUGUUAAAUUGGGGGCCAGUGUAUUACAUUGGGGGAGGGAGUGGGGCAGUGUAUUAGAGUGGUGGGAGGAAGGAGGGCAGUGUGCUAAACUGGGGGGAGUGCAGUGUAUUAAUUUGGGGGGGGAUGAAUGGGGCAGUGUAUUAAUUUAAUUAGAGUGGUGGGAGGGGGGUAGUGUGUUAAACUGGGGAAGGGAAGGCAGUGUAUUAAAUCAGUGGAGGGAGGAGUGGGCAGUGUAUUGGAUUUGAGGGCAAUGUAUUAGAAUGGGGGGCAGUGUAUUCGAUUUGGGGCCAAUGCAUUGGAUUUGUGGGACAGUGUGUUAGAAUAUAGGGGAGGGGGCAGUGUAUUAGAUUGGGUCUGCAUGGGGUGCUGAAUGCUCCCCGUGGAGAUGCUGAUUGGCCCGGCAGCUUUUUGCCACACAUGCACAAUAGCCAGCUUUUUUUUUUUAUUCUGUACUUUUCAAAAUAAACCUAUGUUUCUAUGAAAGCUGAAGUUUUUGUUUUUUUGCGGCCUACGUAAACUUAAACAGCCUUUUUUUUUAGCCAUUGUUAGCCUUUGAGUUUGACAUGCUUGGGCUAGGUGAAGGCACCAGGGGAGCCCAUUUUUUUUGCCUAAAUGCUCAAAAGAUUUGGUACAAACUAGAGGUUGGAGCCAACUGACUUUCACCAUAACCACUUUAGUGAGUAGUGGUUAUGGUGCUUACAGCGCUCUUUUAAUUAGCAGGAAGCAUAAUCAUUAAAACAAUAACGAUCUAUGAAUACAACUUAAAAUAGGCUUGCAUAUUAAAUAACAUUUGUGGAGCCUCUUUUGAUCAAUAUUGAUGCAGCUCAUUCCUCUUAGGUACUUUAGAAAAUUAAAAUGUGACAAUUUCAUAUACGUAUUUUAAUAUGUAUGACGUGUACAUGGCCUUUUUAGGGCCAUACAUGAUAGGAAGUCCCUCUGGUGGCUGUCUGAGUGACGACCACUGGAGAUAUUCCUAUCAAUCAAUGUAAACACUGUAUUUUCUUGUAAAAUACAGUGUUUACAUUAGAUUGCCUGCAGGGAGCUAUAGAUCUCACCCGAACUACAUUAAGCUGUAGUUGUUCAGGUGACUAUAGUGUCCCUUUAACUUAUAGGUACACAGCCUCCCAGAUGGUAACCGGUUUUGCCGAAAAAUAUACACACACAAUAUUUAGGGAUCUUGCUGGUGAACCUAUAAACACAAAUAUAACAUAGUGUGACACUGUUAAAUUAGUUACAAAUGCAAAUAAUUUGAUUGCACACACAGAAUUACGAUGGUAAAAAGCGCCCUAUGGCUGCCACCCACAAUAUCAACAGGGGACUUGAAGUUCCUCCUUUGGAUUCUUUCUCUGGACUGGUCUUUUCAAUCACCAAAGAAUAAUUUACCAGAGGUUUUCCAAAACAAGGACAUUUAUUGUAUAAAAUAAAAAUAUAUUGCACAAGUUAUAUUAAAAAGCACAGGUGUGCUGUUUGUUAUAUUGUGAUUUAUCUGCUGACCUGAAGACUGACAUUAUAAAUUAGUAGGUGUUCCACUCCGUACUAUCCCAACUAUUUUUGCAACAAAUGUUUUCAUUUGCGAUUACUCUAGUCCUUUUCCCCAGAGACAUUUGUUUUUAUCAAAUUGCUCACAUGUGAAACAGAGAUCCAGUAAUUAAAUUGCUUGUGAUGUGCAGCAAGAUAAAGAUCUGUUUGCUUUAUUGAGCAGACUGACACAAGAUCAGAAUAAAUAAACCAAUUAUCAACGUAUAUUCGUUCCGUUAACAAACCAAACAUCUACACCUUUGCAGUGGUGUAUACUUUGGGGGAUACACAAACAAAGUGUUUACAAUGCAUAAAACAAAGGUGAGGUAUAGAGUGUUAUUCAUACAACCAAUAUAUUUUAAAUUACCUCUAAAGAGUGCUUGUCUGUCAUUAAGUGCAUACACACUAAAUACUCUUGUGUAAUCAAUGUAGUACACAGUUUGGUAGAUAAUCACGAACAUAGAGCUGCCUCUUAUAAAAUGGGUUGUUCCUUUUAUCGCCAUAGAAAAAAGGGAAGAAAUAACAUAGUAUGAUAACGUUUAUCACAGAUAAAAUGCAACCCAAGGCAUAAAAAGGCUUAAACUAGAAUUUGUGGGACACUGUGAGAAGCUGUUAGCCUUCUAUGGACUAUGCAGGAACAUUGCAUCUCCCCGCAUUUGGCCUAUUGCCCUAGAUGGUUUGGGUAGAACUGUCUCUAAAGACUUCACGUAUUGAGUGGGGCAUGUCCACUGGCGCGUUUCGCCCCUCCUGGGGUUUUGUCAAACAUGGAUAAUACAGAUCCGGUCUUGGUUGUAUUAACAACACUUUACACCUUACCUUUAUGUUUGUUUUAUGUAAUGUGAACACACGAUUAGAAUAUUAUACUCCGAAUAGAAAGUACACAACAGUGCGGCACAUUGCCUAUUUGAUAUGGGUCAUAGCAAUGCUGAGUAUUCUAACUGUGUACUAACGUUUCAUUUGAAUGUUGGCAAGAAGCAAGAAACUAGUGGUGGCAUAUGGUUUAUACAUCUGUGGCGUUGUGUAGCACAGUACAUCUCAAGAAAAGAGGCAUACGUUUAUCAUAUUUAAAGGGAUACACCAGCAUUAAAUCCCCAUAAAUCUUUCUCUGACUUCUGUCUGUUUCUCAUUUGCAGUAAUUAACAUUUAGUUUAAUUGCUUUUUAGGUACUUUUUUAUUUUAUUUUAUUUUUUUACUUAUUGACUUUUUGAUGUGGUUAAGCUAGCCUAGCAAAGCCUGGUCGUACACAAGCGGACAUCUAGUCCUAAUAGGUUAACUGUGACUCAUCCAUUCUAUGAAUUGUGUAACACUUAUAUUUAGAUCAAUGAACAUUGUCAGCUGAUAUUGUAUCUGCUAACACGAUUGCAGUGUAGGUGGGAUGCGAAGCCAUGGUGUGUUUAACACUGUAACAAUGGCAUAGUUAAAGUAUUAAAAAACAAUAGACAACUUUCGAGUGUAUCAGUGUGGAAAAUAUCCAGUCAAUGCAAUUUUUAUUCUCAGUAAUGCAAUAAAAAUUUGCAUUGUGGAUGAUCCUUGAAUAUUGAUGUUUUUGAGCCAGUAUACCAUAAAAUAAGUUUAUACAUUUUGUAAAGUACUGUUGGGUGGAAAAAUAACUGCAUUUUUUUUGUGGAUCGUUAUAUAUACACACUAUACCUAGAUCCCCAAAUUACAAAUUAGUUUCUUUUCUUUUCUUUUUUUUUUUUUAAUUUGUUGCUGAAAAUGAGUCACAUGAGCUCUGAAACUACUGCAGUUUUAUAGCUUCAUUUACUCUUAAGAGAUUGCAAUUCACAUUUGCUAAGUUGUUUCCUAACCUUCCAUCUGUCAUUUUGCUUUCAGUGGACUCAUUUGUAUAAAAAUGGCGUGAUUUGCUUUGUGAGCCAAUUAUUUUGUAGGCCCUUACACAUAUUUUCUUAGCAAGAUGCUAAUCUGAUUUUCCUACCAAAUAAUAUACCUGCUUGGGAUAUUGGGAUGCAAAACUGCUUGCUGCUUGUUGUCGUUUUUGGUUGUUUUAUGGUUUGUUACAUCACUUAUCCUAUAUUUUUAAAAUGUUAUAUUAUUUUACUAGAUCUCUAAUAUAUAGUCCAUCCGCAUUGGAUAUCUCCAAGCCGUGCUGUUGCUCUAAAUAGCCCACAUUUUCCUAUGUUUGAAGCCCUCAAGUGCUGGAAUGUAUAUUCUAUAUUUAGAGAUACUCUAAGGACCAUAAACACUACAAAGGACUGUAAUGGUUGUGAUGCCAGGCGUCCCUUGAUGCCCAGCAGUCUAUGAACGGUUUAACAUUCACUUUUUUUUUUUUUUAUGUCUUCCGGUUUGCACUCAUAUACUAAAGCAGAUUGCAGUGUAAAUUUUAUGCCAAUGUGAUCACUAUUCAUUGGUGGAAGGUUGCUAUGUUAAUGGAGCAGUAAGAACUGACGUAUAGAAUAUACAUGGAUAUUCAAAGGACUGCGGGAGCCUAACAUAGCCAGAUAAGGGUAUCACUGACAAGAUCAGUUUGUAAUUGUUUAUCAUAAGAUGGAGUCUAGGUAUUCUUGACCUUGUAACCACUACAAAGCUCUGUAGUGGUUGUGUUUGAAGUAUGCCAUUAAGUAGAUGGCAUCCUGAUUAUUAUUUUUUUUGUGUGUGUGUGUGUUGCAUAAGCAUCAGAUGCACAUUGUUGGACUUGCAUGCCCAGGGUUUAGGAGUUGUGAAAGUCUCGCAGGAAUCAUAAUGCAUGAAUGACCGCCAUUAAUUUCAGGGACACACGCGCCCGUAACGUGUUUAGAAAGAAAAUAAUUUACGAUUUAUACUAGUUUUUAUGGUUUUGCAAUUAUAAGAAAUGCAAUAAUAUUUAUACAGUGAUCAGUAAUGAAAUAUUUCCCUAAGAGAAACGGGACGCAACAAUACUUUCGAAAUCCCUAUAAAUCUGAUCACAAUGAAACGAGGAAAUGAAAAGGACAUACUUAUUCAAAAAAAUAUACUUUAUCAAGUCCAACCAGAUGUUGAGUUCAUCUGCUGAGAAUUAAGGAUUGCAGGACUAUCUCUGUUCAGUGAUGCCUUUUAACUUCAUAUUAUGUUGUUCUGUGGGCAUACACGUUUUUAUAUUUUGCAAAGAUAAGAAAAGCAAUAGUAUUUAUGUAAUGAACAGGUGUGGCAUUUUUAUUUAUGGGAAACAAACUGUGUCAUAAUGAUAAUUUGGAAAUUCUUACAACAGUAAAACAAGAAAAAUAAAAAGUGGUGGUUAUAUUAAGACACUGCGCGGAGUCCCUGACUCCAGCAUUGGGGUUAUCAAGCAGUGUCCUUUGAACCCAUGUCUCCAGUCUCUGUGUGACUCUUUCCUGUAGGGUUAGGUUCUUUCCCAAUAUCCCAUCUCUCCCCUAAUCCUCAAUAAUGUAGAUUAUAUUUCUACCAUUUCAGCUUCAAGAAUGAUGGGAAAUGUUGUUGUCCCUCAGCAGUGCAGUGCAGGAUUUAGGGCUGUGUGAGCCUGGGGCUUAAAAUAUGGUGAAUCUAACAAGAGAAUUUGAAAUUCCAUUCUCAUUGUAAUAAUACUUCUGGGCUGCAUGUGGGGUAGUGACGUCUCGUAUAGGGCUGUGACUCUGCACACUACAUUGAGCCCUCUCUCCAUGCACUGCAUAGGAAGAGCACUGCGAAGCAGUUGAUAAAUAAUCCAAAAAAAAGGACAGUAGGCUAUAGAAUGAGUGGAGCACCACAUUAGUGUCAGGAUCCUAUUUCAUAACAAAUGAAAGGGGAAAAAUUUCUAAUUUAUAUUGUGGCCUAUUUCAAAGUAUGAGCCUCAAGUCACUGUUACUCUGGCUCUGGUUUGCGGCCUGAUGUUGGAGACCCCCCAAGUCAGUAAUGGAAAGAAUAAAAGGUUUCAUUAAAGGUUUGCUCCAACCAGUGAUUUGAAGUGGUCAUGGUGGUAAGAGACUGUAUUGUAUUGUGCAGUGUUUGUUUGAAACCGUGCACAUCCAGAGUUAUUUUUAAUCGUGUGCCUGUGGCUAGUUGCACCCCCAGCACACGUGACUUAGGCAGGUUAGAACUUUGUUCCGUACUGCCAAAUGUAUUGUAUGCCGUAUGUUAAUUCUGUGCAUAUUUUACGUCUGUUGCAAGAAUUAUGUGAGGUUUGCAUGGUAAGUCAGUAGCCAUAGUUUCUCUAACAGUCCCUUCGCUAUAACUCCUGAUGAAACUCUUAACUUUUGUUCACUAGUGUCUAAGUGAAAUUUAUCAGGAAAAAAAAAGAAAACUUUCUCUGUCCUUUUAAAAAAAUCUUCUCCGCUGUCAUAUUUUAUUUUUAAAAAUUUGUUUGUUUUUUUCCGUUUUUUUUUGCCAUUACUUUUUUAAUCCUGAUUUUAGUAAAAUGAAAGUAAACAAGUGAUAUGUUGCUUCUGCCAACUUUUGUACUUUCAUACCUUCCUGCUUAGGGAAAUUACCCACUUGUGAAGAACUAUGAGACGUCUUCACUCAUUCCCAAGUUUACAUAUCAUUAAUAUUGACUUAUGUUUUUGUUUCUUACCUCAGGCCCUGCUGAACACGCAAAGCAAGCUUAGAACACUAGUUCCGAAUUUCACUUUCAACCUUGGCUUUUCUGGGAAGUUCUAUCACACAGGUAAAGUGAUAAUUACUUCUAUGUUUAACCUUUUCCAUGCUGAUUGAACCAGGAUACUGUUUUAUAUUUUCAUCUAUUUGUCUCUACUCCGUCUUCACAGAGGUAAAUGUCUCUUAUGAAACUUGCAACCGUGGGGAAAUUACCAAUACCCCAGCCACAAAAGUACAUCUGAAACUGCAAUUAGCAGUAAUACAGGAUUCGAUUGUGAAUACACAUAAGCAAUUUAAAAGGACACUAUAGUCACCAGAACUACAGCUUAAUGUAGUUGUUCUGGUGAGUAUAAUAGCUCCCUUCAGGCAUUUUCAGAGAAAAGACAGUGUUUUAUCCAAGUGUCCCAAGUGUUUUAUCCAACCCAAUGCUUUCCCGCUAAAAAUCGUCGAUGUCACAAAGGGACAGAGCCGGGGGACCCACGCAGCACUGGAAGUAAGGCGAACUUUAUCCUUUUAUAGGGGGGGAAAGCCACCUAAAGGGUGGGUUUAGCACUAUAGGGUUAGGAAUACAUAUUUGUGUUCCUGACCCUAUAGUGAUCAUUUAAAGGACCACUAUAGUGCCAGGAAAACAUACUCGUUUUACUGGCACUAUAGCGCCCUGAGGGUGCCCCCACCCUCAGGGUCCCCCUCCCGCCGGGCUGGAUGGAGAGGAGGGGGUUAAACUUACCUCUUUCUCCAUCGCCGGGCGGGGAGCUCUCCUCCUCCUCUCCCCCUCUUCGGUUGCAUGCGCGGCAGGAGCCGCGUGCGCAUUCAGCCAGUCCAUAGGAAAGCAUUCACAAUGAUUUCCUAUGGAUGCUGCCGUCUUCUCACUGUGAAAAUCACAGUGAGAAGCGCGGAAGCCCUCUAGCGGCUGUCAAUGAGACAGCCACUAGAGGCUGGAUUAACCCAUUUAUAAACAUAGUUUCUCUGAAACUGCUAUGUUUAUAGAAAAAAGGGUUAAUCCUAGCUGGACCUGGCACCCUGACCACCUCAUUAAGCUGAAAUGGUCUGGGUGCCUAUAGUGGUCCUUUAAUGAGUAUUUCACACACAACACUUCCCUUUCUUUAAAUUGACUAAUACCUGUAUUGUAUGAAUGAAAACCGUUUUUGCUGGGAAACUGCCUGAAAUUUAUAUUGUAAAAAAGGCAAAGUCAUAAAAUGAAAUAAGUCAAGCAGUGACUUGGCUAAUUGGCUCAUGUUAAAGGUUUUUUUUUUUCUUCUAAUCUAAAAUGUCUCCAUGGGCCAGAACUCCUCAUAACAAGCCAGGUCCCCUAAUCAUGUACACCUAAGCCUUUGGUUCUGAUCCACCACUUCCCCCAGAAUGCAGUUAACCUACUGGUUUGUUUUUUGUUUAGUUUUUUUUUGUUUUUUGAGCUAGAAUGUUAACUUUAUCUGUAAGUGUGAGCUCUUUUUCUACAUAGGCUUGAUAUAAAUGCUAAUAUCUAUCUAUUCAUGGUGUUAAUAUGGUGGACAUUGUGCAUUGGAACUAGAAAUGGAUCCUUGGAACACCACCUAGUCUGCAUGUGUGGACACUCAUCCCCAUCCAAUGUACUGCCACAGCUAUCUGUUACAUUUUGAUUGUACUAGUUUGGUUUCAUACACAAUAUUGUUUGCUUGUUAAUUUAAAAAAAAUGAACUAAUCUAAUUGACAGUGUUUGUGUUUUUUUUAAGGUUUUUAUUAAUGUACUCUGUAUUUGAUUUAAAUAACAUUGUUUGAAUUCGUCAACAGUUGGUUUUGAUUUCUGUGUAUUCUAGUAGCUGGUUUAUUUUUUAAUUCUAUGUUUUUAACUUUCUCUUGACAAGCUUGUUUAACACACGUAGCAAUAAUGGAGUUCUUCACCUAGGUUAAUAUAUUUUGGAAAAUGCAGGCAUAAUUAACACAGCUUGUAGAAUAAUAUGUAUGCCAUUUAUUUUAUAAGGGUCACACUUGGACUUUCAAUGUUGACAGUCCGGUUUGAGAUUAGUCAGUGACAAAAUUAGAAACCUUUUAUUUUCCUUUUUUUCUUUUUAUUGUAAGAAAGCUUGAGUGAGGAAUCCCCCCUGGCCCCCCCCCCCCAUACCUUCUACCUCCCAAUUGGUUAUUAUAAUAGUAGUAGUGUGUAUGUUGUACACAUCUAUACAUUAGUUUGGAAUAUGCUUGCUCGCUUGCUCUAUACUAUUAAAUUAACAACAAAGAGCUCUGACUUCUGUACUUCUACAUUCUGCAGAUCAAUGUGACGUUACAGAGCAGUGACUGUACCUGGGUUAGUUGGUUUUGAAAGAUUUAAAAGUCCAGUCCGCACAAAUUCCUUUUGAUAGAGGGGAAAUAAAAUGUUAAUGUGCAGCGAUAGCUGUCCGUGAUCCGGUAUUCUACACAGCUCCAUUGCUGAUUGCAGCUGCUUUGUCCCCAGGUACGGACGAGGAGGAUGAAGGGGAUGAUAUGCUGCUACAACACAGAAAGGAGUUCUGGUGGUUCCCCCAUAUGUGGAGUCACAUGCAGCCUCAUUUAUUCCAUAAUGUCACGGUCCUUGCAGAGCAGAUGAAACUCAACAAGCAGUUUGCACUGGUAAGGUUUGUAGCAUGUCUUCUAUGCCUGGGCUAGGCAACCUUCGGCACUCCAGAUGUUGUGGACUGCAUCUCCCAUGAUUCUCUUACAGCCAUAAUGCUGUAAAAGCACAAGGAGAAAUGUAAUCUGUAACAUCUGGGGAACGUAGGAGUCAAACUAAUAUUGUUUUAGAAACCUAUUAAAAAGAACACAUCUAGAUUUCUAGUAUAAAUAUUCCAGAAGGGUUAGACUUCUCUACAGUGUUUAUAAGAACCUUUGAACCAGAGGGAUGUUUACAUGUGCUGUAUGUAUUACACACGCAUCACUGCUUUAAGGAUAGAAGGAUUAGUAGCUUUUUAGUGCUGUCCGUGUAGUAAAGUAGGCAGGAUUGACAUCCCAAACCAGAGUCUCUCCUUCCUGGUCAUACGUAGUAGGUAUGCAGAAGAAGGGAAGCAGUGCCUUGAAAAAGUCCUUAAAUAAGUCCUUAAAUCUAGGUCAGUAUACAACGAGAAGAGAGGACAAGGAGCAGGAUAUAGUGUAGUAAGUAGAUUAUUGAUUGGAGAAAACAAAAAGAAAUUGUACUUGGUGUAUCGAGCUGGUAAUUGGCCCACCUAUGGAUAUAAACUUGGUAUCUUGGUCCAAUGGCAGUGGUCCAUUAAAACCUAGAUUUGAGGACUUUUUCAAGGCGAUGCUCCCCUCCUUCUGCAUGCUUACUGCUUUAAGUAUACCUGUGUUAUUAAACAACGUAUCUAUGAUUAAAGGGACACUAUAGUCACCAAAACAACUUUAGCCUAAUGAAGCAGUUUGGGUGCAUAGAUUAUGCCUUUGAAGUCGCAUUGCUGAAUUCUCUGCCAUUCAGGAGUUAAAUCACUUUUGUUUCAGUUUUUGCAGUCCUAGCCACACCUCUCCUGGAUGUGAGUGACACAUCCUGCAUGAAAAAAAUGUUUCACUUUAAUUAGAGAGAACUUAAAAAGGUUUUUUUUGGGGGGGGGAGAGGGUUAAAUCUCCUGCUCUGUAAAUUGAACUUUUAUUGCAUACAGGAGGCUCCUGCAGUGUCUAGCACGCUAUUAAUAGAGUAAGAGAUAAGCAAUUUUAGUUUAAACCAUAUUUGCAAUAACGUGUAAACAUUAGAUGACUCUUUACAGGAAGUUUUUAGGAAGGCUGUGCAAGUCACACGCAGGGAGGAGUGACUAGGGCUGUAUAAAUAAAGUGAUUUAACUUCUAAAUUAAAGAAAAUUGAGCAGUGAGACUACAGGGGCAUGAUUUAUACACCAAAACUGCUUUAUUAAGCUAUGGUUGUUUUGGUGACUACAGUAUCCUUUUAAUGGGACUCACCAGGGUGUAAUUAUUUGUACCUGGAUUCUAGCUACAUCUCUGUUUCUCUGUUUCCUUCGGCCAAGAACAGACUGUGAGAUCUCAGGAAUUCUCCUGUUCAUCUGAAAGGGAGGCAAGGACUGUCUUAAGUAUAAAUGUCAAUAAGAACAGAUUGCACAAUUUAAACUGAAACUGCUGGCAGUUUUUUUUCAUUGAAUUUGAUAGUGUCUCCCUCUUAUUCUCAUAUAUUUAUUGACCGCAAGCGUCAUGUGUGAGUAGUAACUUUUGCCUUCAGUAGUAGAAUGAUACAAAUGCAUAUAAAGAAGCAUUGAGCUGUAUACUUUUCGCUAGAUGGCCGACUGAUUUCUAUUACUAGUGAAAAAAGAGACUUGCCAAGCUCUUAAUUAUUAAUGAUUUUAUCUGUUUAUGGAGAAAAAAAGUACCUUCACGUGAUGCCCUACAACACACGUUUAUGUUUAUAAUUCUGCUACCUCGACCAGCAAAUAUUUAGUGUCCAUUUUGAAACCUGUUGAAAUCAGUGGGAGACGUAAUUAGUUUCACUAAAUAUGCUCAAAAUAUUUUGAAACCCUAAAUGCAAGGAUAUAAACUGGGUCAGUUUUAAAGAUCCCAAAACAUAAUACUAGAGAAAAUGAACAGUUGUGCCCUGUCCUCUCUGUGAUUUCCAGUCUUAAUUAGGAAUGCAAAGCGCAUUUCUGCUGAAGCACAAAGAACCGAAGAAAAGGCGUGCGAAAAUUCAAAGCAUCACCGCAACCCCUACCUACUAAUAACUUCAAACCAAGUCUUAAGGGUGCUUUCCACUUACAGAAGCAAUCUGAUUUAAGUGAGGAUUAUGGAUUUCAUCCAUCAAGCAGUUUAAGGAAAUUAAAAGUGUGUUCAUUAGUAAAAUCACUCUGAUUCCUAGGUUGUUAUGGCAACACUACAGUGUAUCUGGCAACUUUUGCUGGAUCCUAAGAGAGAGGCAUUCCAACUAGAUACAGAGUUCAUAGAACAGGGGGUCGAAUAUUAUAGAUCCUACCCAGGGGUAGGCAACCUUCGGAACUCCAGAUGUUAUGGACUACAUUUCCCCUGAUGCCUGACCAGCCCUACUGUUGUAAGAGCAUUAUGGGGGAUGUAGUCCACAACACCUGGAGUUCCAAAGUUUGUCUACCCCAGGAAUAGAUGUAUAUAAACUGAUUGACACUAAUUCAUCAAUCACGCUCCCAGUGUCUCAUGUCUGCAUCAAACACCAUAAAUUGUAUAAUGGUACCUCAAUUUUUUUUUUUCCAGUGAUUUUUGGGCAAUUUUUGCUACAUAUGGAUAUUUAUUUUAUUUUUAAUUACAUUUACUGUGUGAAACGUGCUCUCAACUUGUAUGACUUUGACAAGCUUGUAUAUACAAAAAUAACUGUUUAAAUUGUAAUGUUCAAAGUAUGCAUUUCAGAGAAGAUCUCCUAUUAUAUACAGGUUGCAAAAAAUAGUGGAAAAAACACAGCCUCUAAAUGUAUAUUGUUUUAUUAAAAAUAAACUACUUUUAACUAUUAAUCUGCUAGAUUGCCCAUACUAGUGUGUUAAAAAUCUGUUAAACCUAUGACACUUUACAGACAAGUGGUUUUGAUCUUUUAAUAUAUAGACAGAUCUACUACCACUGUUGAACUGUGACUAUACAAGUGUAAAGUACGGCAGCCAUCUGUUAUUAGUCAACGGGAAACCCGACAAAACAGACGUACACUUGGACAUAUUUCAAAGCUGUCCCUUUUUUCCUUCAGAAAAACCCUGUCCUUGCAGUCAGCUGCAGUGCUAGUCUGCUUGUCUAUGAUUAAAUUGCGUGUUUGGGGACUGUAUGGACAUAAUGUGGUUUAUUAGGGAGUACGUUUAGAAUGGAAUUCUAAUGUAGGCAGCCCCUUAAUGGCUUUUUCUAGGCACCUGGUAGCACAAUUACAAAUAGCUAGGAAGAAAUAGAUAAAAUAGAAAGACCAUCCAAAUGCAGUUUCUAUGGGGGGGAGAGUGAGGCGUAAAGACAGUAAUACACCAGUAAUAUCACAGUGCCUCUUUGGGUAUUAUUCCACCAGAAGACCUGGGUCCACAUCAACAGCCUCAAAUGACUAAUCCAACACAUGGGCCAUCAGUUGGGAGCCUCUGAUCUUGACAAAAAUAUGCAUAUUUAGAAGAUUUAUGCUAAAAUAAUCGCCCCUCCUCCAUACAUCUACCUUCUGUCUUGCUUUUCUUCCUCUUUCACACAAAACGCUUUAUAAAAAUGCUUUAUAAAUACAGUUAAUAGUAUUUUUAAAGGCAUUGUUGUCUGAUACACUGCCUUGGUGCAGAUGAGUUGCAGAGAGUAACCUCUGCUCAUUUUUAUUUAUUAAUUAUUUUAUUUUUUAUUUAUUUUUUAAUACAUUUUCCUCUGAUCACUUAUAUUAGAAGCUAGAAGAGAUAUUGCAACUCAUUGUUAAGUACUACCAUUAAUUUAAUAUUACCCACAUAUAGACAGCAAUAAGCUGCACUGUUGUGCUUUUGGUACUAGGGAGUUUCUUACUCAAACACAGUGAGGUAGGUAGGUGUGUGUGUGUCGUGUGAAUUUUUGUUUGUGGAAAAACAAAAUGAUUGCAGUGUUAAUCCUUGCUCUUGGUAAGCUUGAACAAUCCAUCCUCUAUCAAUCUAAGCCUUUUAUUUGUGUACGAUACACAGACUGUAAAGGAGGCUGGAAGGGCAGAAUUAAUAGGGCCCUUAGAAAGUUUAUUAGGAUCUAAAUUGUCUGUGCUAGUAAGCAAUAUUUUCUGGGCUCUACAUGUUUGUUGACAAGCCUUUAAAAUUGCUGCAAUAUUUUAAAUUGUUUUUGUAAUAAUAACUUUGAUUAGAUGUACAAGUUAAACACAGGCCACUUAAUUUUUCCUGUUAAUUUUUAUUUUUUUUAUUUUUUUAUGCAUCAACUACCCCUGUGACAAAUGACUUGCUAUGGCUGUCAUUAAAUAAAUUGAUUAGCCGGAUCCCUUGUUGUGAAAGGGCUAAAGUAUAGUAAACGGGUAUAAUUUCCGUUUAUUCAAUGAGCCAGGAUUUGUGUGGAGUUGACGUGGGAAUUGUGCAUUUUAGACCAAAGUAAUCAAGCUAGAAAAAUAGCUUGAAUUGGAGAAUUGCUUGCUAAUUUGGCCUAAAAUGUGCACUUAGUUCUGUACAGUCCCUGUUUUAUUGAUUAACCAUAUAGUCAUGGAAAAUAAAGGGCUCUAGAAUACCUGAAAGUGCAGUGAUACAUUACGACAUAGUCAUGUGCAUGUUACACUUGGAAUUUUCUAAGCCCAUUUCUCCACUGAAGUACAUUUUCAAUAAAUCCCUCGUUUAAAAAUGAUGUGCUUUUGUAACUGCGUAGUUUUAGGAGGUAUGUAACGGAUUGCUGUAAGUCCACUUUCUUUUGCAGGAACACGGCAUCCCUAUAGAUUUAGGGUACGCAGUGGCGCCCCAUCAUUCUGGCGUAUACCCAAUUCACAGUCAACUCUAUGAAGCCUGGAAAUCUGUGUGGAGCAUACAUGUUACCAGCACUGAAGAGUACCCACACCUACGGCCUGCUCGGUACCGAAGGGGUUUCAUACACAAUCGCAUCAUGGUACGGUAUACCGGUAACUUUUUUAAUUUGAGUGGUCUUAAAUUAUAUUUCUAGAUAUACUUAUUUUUUUUUAUUUUUUUUUAAAUGCCAACAUAUCAAAAACGAAUAAAUAAAUAUAUAUAUAUAUAUUUUAUAUUAUCUCUUAAUAUGUGAAAAUAUUUCUGAAAAUAUUAACUCACAGGAAUGAAACCAAAUCUUGUUUCAUCCCUUUGUUCAAAAUGGAACUCUGUUAACACUAAAAUAGUGUCCUGUUUGGAUAAGACAUAGAGAUUACUAUAAACAGAUUUGUUCCUUUCUCCCCUACCCUUCUUGAAGUGUUUAUUUUAAAUAUUUGUAAAUGCUGCUUAUGUGACCGUGACCUGUCAAUUUUAUGGUAAUGUAAAAUAACAUUAUAGUCCAUAGUUUUGUAAGGAACAUAUAAGUAUACUUGGCCAAUGUGGCGAGUUAGUUUCCAGAUCACCUCUUCACUGAAAUGCAAAUUAUUAGUAGGAUAGGCUACUGGAUGUUAAAUCUUUAGAGUGUCUUCUCACUUGCUCCUUGUUGGAAGCCAUCCUCAAGUUCCUUGGAACAGAAGCUUUGCUUUUCUGCCAACAUUAUACUUACUUUGAAGGCGUGAAACUGUCCCAGUAUGCAUUCUUCAGAGGCCCAUCAUGUAUAUGACCUAAUAUGUGAAUUUGUGCUUCAGAAAAAGAAAUUUUACCCCAAGCACAUACCUCCCAACUUUUCCAAUAGACAAAGAGGGACACUUUAAAGGAACACUAUAGUCACCUAAAUUACUUUUGCUAAAUAAAGCAGUUUUAGUGUAUAGAUCAUUUGCCUGAAAUUUCACUGCUCAAUUCACUGUCAUUUAGGAGUUAAAUCACUUUGUUUCUGUUUAUGCAGCCCUAGCCACACCUCCCCUGGCUAUGAUUGACAGAGCCUGCAUGAAAAAAAAAACUGGUUUCACUUUCAAACAGAUGUAAUAUACCUUAAAUAAUUGUAUCUCAAUCUCUUUAAUCACAUACAGGAGGCUCUUGCAGGGUCUAGCAAGCUAUUAACAUAGCAGGGGAUAAGAAAAUCUUAAUUAAACAGAACUUGCAAUAAAGAAAGCCUAAAUAGGGCUCUAUUUACAGGAAGUGUUUAUGGAAGGCUGUGCAAGUCACAUGCAGGGAGGUGUGACUAUGGUUCAUAAACAAAGGGAUUUAACUCCUAAAUGGCAGAGGAUUGAGCAGUGAGGUUGCAGUGGCAUGUUCUAUACACCAAAACUGCUUCUUUAAGCUAAAGUUGUUCAAGUGACUAUAGUGUCCCUUUAAUUUUAAUGGUAUAAGUGGGAGGGUGGCCAAAGGUGACCUGUUCUGACAAAUAUUGUACUAAAAUGUAAUUUUCAAUAAUGAACAGUGCAUCUUAUUUACAUAGACUGAAUUCUAAUCACAUUUAUUGUAGUAUUAUUGCUGUGGAGCUCUGUUAUACACUAAGACACCCCAAGAACAUAGAGCUCCUAGAAAAGAGAUGUUAAGACAAAAUAGAGGGUCACGUGGAUUUGGGCCAAAAUAGGCACUGUCCUUAUAACUAUGGACAUUUUGGGAGGAAUGCAAGUACCAUGACGACUUCAGUGAUUUCAAGUGGCCAUGGUAACCAGUGUCUAUAUGUGUAUGUGUUCACAAUGAAAAGAUGCACAUACAGAGUUAAUGGUUGUGAAGCUUUGAUUAACCCUUUAAAGAUAGUGGCCACUAUAGAGUAGGAUGGAGUAAAGGAAUGCAUAGAAAAUCAUUGUUUACUUAUAUGUAUGUGUUACAAAAAAUACACUAAGGAUAUAAUACCAUAUGAAAUUUUUUUGUUUGUUUGUUUCAUGCUUAAAAAGAAAAAUAAGAUUAGAGCUUAAUCCGGUAGCAUAUUUUCACAUGUCAAGGAGUUCACGCUUGCCAAUAUUCAGAUUUGUGUUUUUUUUGUGGAUGACUAAGCUUUCAAGAAGAAUGAAAACUGCUGUAAACGUGACCCAUAAAUUCCAGAAAUAACAAUUCUCUUUUGAGAAUAGAAAUCAAAAUAUAUAUCUAGAGAUCUUUUAUAAAAGUGAGAAAGCUAUCCAAUAAAUUAUAGGCUUAUAUUUUUGUAGAAGAGCAAAAUGUUUUAAAAGAAUAUUGGAUGUGUAUAUUUAGCCACAGAAUUGCAAGAUGCCAUUUUGACUUUCUCCUUCCAUAUAAAGGUUUUACCACGGCAGACCUGUGGGCUCUUUACUCACACCAUAUUCUACAAUGAGUACCCUGGGGGCUCCAAAGAACUUGAUAAGUCCAUUCGCGGUGGUGAGCUUUUCCUGACUAUCCUCCUUAACCCGGUGAGAAUAUAAACCAUUUAUAUUAUCUGUUUGGGUGAGAAUAUAAAACAUUUAUAUUAUCUGUUUAAUGCCAUGUCCUUGUAAUACACUUAAAUGAGUGGGUAAAAAUCAAAACCGGGGUAUCAUUUAACUGUAUUUGAAACCUGUACCUCUUUGAUCCUCCAAAGAUGAUUUUCACAUGUUAAAAUAAAUCCAACAAAUUUAUUUGCAUUCACGAAUUCUGAUUUCACUAAUUUCCCUUCAUAAAAUAUAGUAUUUCUCAUAGACAAAGAACAUUGAAACUCAGACCAGGCCUUAAAGGGAAGCUGACCCUUUAAUAGAUGUAGCUCCUAUGAAAACAUGCAUGCAUUUUAAGUGUGUAUUUUUUCAUUGUGGGUAUAUGUAUAUAUUUGUAAAAUCCCUGACCUUCUAGCCAGACUUCUUGAUUCCGCUCAAUGAGAAGUCUUUGUAAGAAAGGUGCUCUGGGCAAUUUCUUGCCUUUUGAGCUUAGCUCCACUGAGGUAACCAACUAGGAAGUAAUAGGACUGGUUGCCUGAUUCACAGCCAGGGUACUGUAACCAGGUUCAUUUGUAAAAAUAAGUAACAUCUACUGAUAUCUGAAUUUUUUGUAAAAUGAAAAGGACACACUUUCCAUAUAUAUAGGAAUAAAGCAAGCUAAAGUGAUGUAGGGUUCUGGAGUGUCCCUUUUAAUGUACAGUAUUCUUAUUUGAACAGAAUUGGACAACCUCUGUCUUUUUGUUUACUAGUCCUUUAAGGGCUCAUUUGAGAAUCAAUGAAAUAUAAGGUGCAAUGUACAGUACAGACAGAACACCUGUUAAUGUAAAGAUAGAUGCUUGGAAUUUUAUGCAGAGACUAUCAAAGCCCCCAACAUUGUGCAACUAGUGAGGUUUCUAAAAGUGAACAUUCCAUAGGUUCAGUAAAAAUGAAAAUGAACAAUUUUGUUGUAUUAAAAACACCUAAUCUAGGCAAAAAAAUAAUGGGGGUUUAGUUACAUUAUAUGAUCAUACAUUGCAUAAGCCUGCCACAACGCCAAUGUACCCCAUCUUUGGCAGGUCCUACUCUGUCUGCUAAAUGAGCUACUCACUUGGGGAAAUCCUUCCAUCUCGAGUUCUUUGCAGUACAAGGCUUAAAUAGGAUCCUGAGAUGAGGCACCUGUAACAGGGAGGGGUGCAAAACCAAGGAGCUGGCUAGACUCCUAAAUAUAUACAUAUAGGAGAAAACAAGGGUUUGGCUGCACUCACCUAAACAUACUUAAAUGGCGUGCUGCUGGGGGCCAAUCAGUACAGUAAAAAUGAAAAUCCAGCGCACUCACUUAUCUACUAAACAGUUAUUUUAGUGCAGAACAUUCUAUAGUUUUUCCCUGUAAUUGCCCCACUUUUCAUUAAAGGACCACUAAAAUCUCAACUAAGUGACCUUGGUGCAGUGGUCCUCUCCUGUUAACCCUCCAAUCUAAAACAUUGCCGUUUUGUAGAAAAUGGAAUGUUUACGAUGCAGGGUUAAAUCCACCUCUAGUGUCUGUCUUCCUUACAGCCUCUAGAAACAUUGAUGUGCAUCAGGUACCUAAUGCUCCUGUAUGUUUUACAAUUAUUUAUACGGCUCAAAACCUUUGGUAAUACAGGUUUGCAUUCCAAAUGCUUUAUUGUUCCUUUACGUGACACUUUUCUAAAUCUCCAGCUUUGGAUCUGCCUACACAGAUCCAGUUGUUUUAGUGAAACCGUUCAGGGGAUGAGCUCCUAAAACAAUUUAUAGUUUCUUGACCAGAUUAUUCCCCAAAUUCCAAAUUGUGGUGAAUUGAAAUCUGAAUGGCAAAAUAGCUAAACUUUGACUAGAGGCAAGUUGGAGAGGUGGUCCACAUCAGCUAACAUUUUUAUUUUUAAUUGCUACAGUUUGGACUUCAAGGAAUAACAUUGCUUGUGUCGAUCCUCCCUGUAAUUAUAUUGAUAAACUAAUAGGCAUGCCAAAUAAUACCAAAUAAAAAUCAACUGCAUUGCAAAAUGCACAGAACCAGUUAUGGAUGCUGAUCUCCAUAUACUGUCCCCCAGUACAUAGGGAAAAAAAUGAUUCUGAGAAGAAGAAAAAAAAAAAUAGAACAAAUCCAUUCAAAGCAAGGGCACGUUAAAAGCACUGGAAAAGUGUUAUAUAUAUUUUUUUUUGUAAAAUAGAAACGGGUAACUGUCAGACUAUGCAGAUAGCCAUAGCUGAAACCGGCAAUGUGAGACUUCAUAAAAUGGUAUGCUUCAUCGAACUGGCUGAUAAGCUGUCCCCCUGUUCAUCAACUACCUUAUCAAGAGAGACAUUCAGUGAUUGCCAUCUGCUGUGGGUACACGUGAAAUGUGUGUUUGCUUUUAAGGAACAGCCUCCAACAUUGUAAAUAAUUCAUCGAGGCAACAAGAAAUGUUCAAUCUUGUGUGUGUGUGUGUGUGUGUUGGCAUAUAUAGGUUAGAAUGCACAAACCCCUGCAUCCCCAUGAAACUGCUCUAAAUAAGGUUUAUUUUGGGGGUAUUAUGGGGUGGAGGGGGGGUUUGUUGGUUUUUCUGUCUUUCUAUCACUCUGCAAUAAUGGAAUAUCCUUAACAGUUGAUCAUUAGAAUUCGGACAAGUCCUUCACAGACUAUACUUUCACUUUAAAAGACGAUUUGACAGUCCUAAGAUAGCGGAGGUUCUGAAUGCAUUUUUAUUAAAUGUAAAUUUGCUAUGGUUGUUUCGAGUCAUGUUGUGUUUUGAACACCCACGGUGCUAGCAGACCUGUCAUGAAUCGGUCCGCAGGCUGCAAGCAGUUGUUUGGUAAUUACCUGUCCAUAUAAGUACAGGGUAUAUUGCCACCUGCAGUUUCUUAUUACAAUGCUGAAGUCAGGCUCGAAGCAUUCAUGUUUCACCAGAAGCCGCCCACUCUUAUGUUUGUUGCUGUAUGCAAGACAAUACAUGAUUACUGUCCCUCUUUUAUCCCCCUUAUUCUUAUUAACCCUUUGACGGCAUGCAAGGCAGUUUGUCAAUUCUGAGUCUAUUAAGUAAAUAUAUAAAGUAUUUUGCCCUGCAUUAUACAGCACCUUCCAGUGUUUAAAGGGACACUGUAGGCACCCAGACCACUUCUGCCCGUUGGAGUGGUCUGGGUACCUUGCCCCGCUCUCCUUAGCCCUGUUAGUCAAAACAGUUUUUUGGAGAAACCGCAGUGUUUUGAUUACAGGGCUCAUCCGACCUCUAGUAGCAAAGAAAAUUUGGGUGCUAGAAAGUCAAUAUAUUUAUAACAGGUAGCACUCCUGUAAUUUACUAGAUUUAUAACUGCUACACACUUAGGUGCAAUCCCAAUUCACCAAUCCAGCAUAAAACGGUAAUGUAACAAUAACUGGAGCAAUAAUAAAUGUUGCAAUUUAAAUAUAUACAAACGUAUUGGGUAUAUCCUACAAUAGGUGGUGGUCGAUUAGAAUUCAUGGAACAUGUAAAAAAGAAAAUAGAAAGAACUAAUAGUAUAGAUCUAGUAUAGACAUACAUGACAAAAAAAUAAAAUUAAAAUAGUGAGAAGCUCUGCCUCUUACAAAAACAGGUGGUGAAUAAUCACAGCGUAUGCCGUUACUCACUGAUCAGGCUCAAUGUGGGUGGGCUGCAGGCAUCUCUACAAGCGGGGUAAAGUUAUCUUGUGCUGCGGGCGGCAGUUUCGCCGCGUCUUUCUAACAGGCUCGGUUCUCCUAGCUGUUUUUGGCUUCCCGCUGUGUGUUUCAAGUCCAUAAGCUCAUUGAGAGGGGUGGAGCUUGCGGACUGGGGGCAUUUUAUAGUCUGCAUAUAUCCAUAUAUCUUAUGAACUAUAUUAACUGUACAAACACUUUUAUAUAAGCUUCAGAUUAGGGCCGGUGCAAGGAUUUCUUCUGCUCUAGGCAAAGAUCCAUUUUGCUGCCCCUUCAUGUCACACACUCACUGACACACCUACUCACUCACUGACACACCUACUCACUCUCGCUGACAGACCUACUCACUCUCACUGGCAGACCUACUCACUCUCACUGGCAGGCGGACAUACACGCACAGACACUCACUGGCGGACAUACACGCACUGGAGUGAGCGGCUGCAAGAAGAGCCUCACUCGCCGUCUGCCUGCUCCAUCCCCUCUCCUCCAGUUACCUGCAUUUGAUGGCAGAGCAGGCAGCUGUCAUCAAGGUAAGAAGGUACCUGCUCUGCCAUACUGUGACAGGGCUCCUCUGGGUGCCCCCAUCUUCGGGCGCCUGGAGGAGCGGCCCGGCGCUGGGAGGGUGGGGGUGGGGGCGACUCUGGAGCCACUCGAAUAGUGCUGCUGUUCAAGACAGAAAUAUCCCGGUGGGCGCACCCAGCAGGCUUGCACCCUAGGUGAACGCCUAGUUCGCCUAACGGUGGUGCGGCCCUGCUUCAUAUUAACAUUCUAUUAGUUAUUACUGUGUAUGACAGGAUAAGUAGAUUUUGUUAAAAACUAUUUAUACUAUUUGUUCUAUCUAUUUUCUUUUUUAAAUUUUCCAUGAAUUCUAAUCAAACGCCAUCUAUUGGAGGAUAUAUCCAAUACGUUUGUAUAUAUUUAAAUUACAACAUUUAAUACUGCUCCAGUUAUAAUUACACUAAUCCAACCUCUAGUUGCUGUCUCUCAGAAAUCUGCUUCAUGGUGCUUCGGUGUUCUAAGAGCACAAAAAGUGUUUUAAAAGAUGUUCAACGUCCUCACGCUCUGCAUGAGGACAUCGAGCGUUGCCGGAAUUCUCAUAGGAAAGCAUUGAAUAAUGCUUUCCUAUGGGGAGGUCUAAUGCAUGCGCUGCCAUCGCCAUGCAUGGACGUUCGGUCUCCUCCGCCAGCAGCCGCUGGCAAGGGAGGAUUUUCGGUGGAGCUGAGACAGCGCUGAGGGGCAUUGGUGCUGGACCCAGAUAAGUGACUGAAGGGGUUAUGAACCCCUUCAGUGCCACUGGACGGGGCCUUGACAGAAGGGGAAACUACACUGCCAGGAAAACGAGUUUGUUCUCUUGGCACUAUAGUUUCCCUUUAAGGUACAUUUAUUUCUGCCUGUAGUGCUGUACGUUUUUCCUGAUUAGGAAAGGAUUAGCCAAUUUGAUUAUGUGAAAUUAUUAAUAUUUAUAAAGCCAACAAAUUCCGCAGUGCUGUACAAUGGGUGAACUAACAGACACUUAUUUGUAACCAGAUGAGUUGGACACACAGGAACAGAGGGGGUUGAGGGCCCUUCUCAAUGAGCUUACUUGCUAGAAGUCUGUGAACGGUUGCAUCUUGUUACCAUCGUAGCAAGAGAAUCUCUUUACCAAAACUCUAGACUGGCAUGGAACCCUUGUUCAAUUAUAUUCAUAAUUCAUUAAAGGGACACUAUAGUCACCAGAACAACUACAGCUUAUUGGAUUUGUUCUGGUGAGUACAAUUAUUACCUUCAGGCUUUUUGCUGUAAACACUGCUUGUUUCAGAGAAAAAUGCAGUGUUUACAUUACAGCCUAGUGAUAACUUCACUAGCCACUCCUCAGAUGGCUGUUAGAGAUCCUUCCUGGGUCAUGGCUUCCUAAAAUGCAUCCAAACAUUCAGUGUCUCCACCAUGCAGACACUGAACGUUCCUCAUAGAGAUUCAUUGAUUCAAUUAAUCUCUAUGAGGAGAUGCUGAUUGGCCAGGCCUGUGUUUGAAUUGUGCUGGCUUUGCCCCUGAUCUGCCUCUGUGUCAGUCUCAGCCAAUGCUAUGUGGAAGCAUUGUGAUUGGAUCAGGCCACCAUUUCUGCUGAUGUCAGCAGGCAGUGGGUAGGUCUAAAGGAAACCGGGACAAAGUAAGCAGCUCCAGAUAUGAAUACAAGUAAAAUUUUACUAUAUUUAGGGAGACAGGAGGGGGCCAGGGAGGGCUAGAUGGUGGUUGUAACACUAUAGGGUCAGGAAUACAUGUUUGUGUUCCUGACCCUAUAGUGAUCCUUUAAAAUAAAAAACAAAUAAGCAUAACAAAUAUAAACAAUAUAUAUAACAAUGUAUUUACCUUUGACAUUCCUGUAGCAGUAAGCUUUGCCCAUCUCAAAAUGUUGCUUAAAACCUUUUGACUAAUCCUGUUAUUCAGUUAGCUUGCAUAUAAGCCGUUAAAGUUGUGCUGCUUCAUAGAAAUCUACAAAAAAAAAAAAAAAAGCCACGCAUUUAUGCAUUCAUACAUUGUACAAAUACUUGUAUGGACAGGUAGAAGUCUAGUUUCUUCAUGAUGUCACCAAGCAGGAACUAGGCACAGCAGCCCAUAUUUCUGCUAAAUACUGCAGAAACUGUGUUUACUGUGACAAGCACAUUAAUCCAUUUGUACCAUAGCCAAUGUAAGGAGUCCUGGGUUCUUGUGAUGUUUGUAGUGUCCCUUUAAUUUUCUGUUUGAUGGAGAAGUUUGCAAUUGACUUAUGGGUAAAGAGCAAAGGAAGUCCACCGUGGUGUUAUAACUGUCAGGUGUGCAUGCACCAUACUGUUGGGCUUGAACAUUUUCACUACUUAUUAGAUAAGUCCAAAGCUUUAUGUUAAUCUUAUUGUAGUUCCUGUUAGUAUUGUUGGAAAAGUAGUUGUAAAAUGGUUAUCACAUGUAUGAUUAAUUCAUAACCAAAUCAUACUAAUGCAACAAAUUAAUGGUUCCUUGUUGUGAUCCAAAAGAGAUCAAUCCUCCUUCAGGACCCCACAAAACAUGUGGUAAAUUUAAUGUUGAGAUAAAAACGAACAUUCAUAGGAUUGCACUUUACAGUAGCCAGUUGUUGUGUUCAAUAAAUACACAGGAUUAUUUCUGUACUUGGGUAUAACGCCGUUUUGGGUUCUCAGAAGUGCUUCAAAAAUAUGUGAAUAUAGUUGGCAUAGGAAUCAAUAAUUAAAAAAUAAAUAAAUAGAUAAUGUUAUCUUUAUUAACAUGUUAUCCAAAAGCAAAUUCCAAAGGCUUCACAGAGUAGCGCUAAUAGGAAGGAGUUUUGUUCAAAAUCACGUACAACAUUUCAGCAUCAAACCUUAAGCAUGUGUAAGACUUGACUCCGAAACGCUGAACAUGAUUUUGUUCUCCUGAUCCCGAAUAAAACUCUUUCCUAUUUGCACUAAUCUGUGAAGACUUUGAAAUGUGCAUACUGAGGAUACCUUCCAUGAUGCUCCUGGUGUGGGAGCAGCCACUACUGGAUUCCUUGAGUGCAACACUAUUUUUGACAUUGAACAUUUCAUCCUGUUCAUAAUUUGCAUUACAAAUAGAAAGCUGUGUAUAGAUACAGUAUGUAGCUAUAUCACCAUGGAAGAUCUCCAUGUGCUGACACUUUAGAUCAGGGGUAGUCAACCUUUUUAUACCUACCGCACACUAAUGCAUCUUUCUUGAUGGUAAAAAUGUCCUUACCGCCCACCAGUGCUGCUGUAACUCAAACUUUGUAGCGCAAGUGUCUUCCGAUACUCUGGUAAAUAGCCACAAGCAUAUAUUUUUUUUCUUCAGGCAUGGGUUCUAAAUUUGUUGCACAAUUUACAAACUACUUUUACGCUUACCACGUUUUGAUCUGCACUCCACACACAGUGUUUCUCUCCCCCCUCCCUUCCCUUUUUUUUUACAAACCCCCAAAACAACACUGUAUUAGCUGCCAAUUUUUAUUACGUGUCACCAUAAAAAGAAAUCCCCCCCCCCCUUUUUUUUUUGCUUCUUUUCCUGCCUUCUUCUUAUUUAUCUUCCUUAUCUUAUAUCAAUAUAUCAGGGGUCUCUUUUUUUUCCCUUUCUCUUUAUUCUCUCCUUCUCAUUCCUUUACUUAUUUUCCUUCCUUCUUUCUUUUAUUUUUUAAGAUAACAAAACUUAACUUAUGAGCCACUCUAAACAUUGCUUACUUAUUUUUCUUCACUUUUUUAUAUAUUUUUUUUUUUUUUGAUCUUUUCGUGUUGUGUAUUCUCUUGAAAGAAAACUGCCAGGAAAUGUGAGGAGUCUUAUAAUCAAGAUGAAGAGGCGCGUAAGGCUUGCAUGUGUGAAUGCUCCCUCUUCACACCUCAGCAGCAAUAUUCAGCAAUUGUUUACUCACUGGUAGUCAAGUAUUUUCAAGAACUGUGUGAAAAGGAUCAUAAACUUAGAACAAAACCCUUAAAAUAAAUAAAUAAAAUAAACUUCCUUUGUAGGAUUACGUUUACGAUAGUCCCCUUCCAUACGUACCUUUUGUAUGUAUACAUUUGUCACUUUUGAAAUCGAUUUAUCCCUUUAAUUUUACUAGUAUUAUUACUUAUAAAGCACCCGCAUAUUCUGCGAUGUUGUACAAUGGGCAUAAAAAACAUUAUCAUAGCAAGGCAAUUUUAAUACACAGGAAGCGUUUGUAGAGAGGAACCUGCUGAAAUAAGCUCACAUUUAGAUAUGGAAGGCCUCAUGUAUUUAUAUUCUAAUUUACACCGCAAAAUCAAACAUGUCCCUUCAAAAAAACUAAAUGCUUCUGAUUUAAAGCAGCUCUGUCACCUUCUUAGGUCUUUGCAUAUAUUUUAGAAACAUACAUGAUGGGGUGAUUUCCAUUCAGGGUGUGGUAGCGUAUGGGUGAGAUAUAACUAUGACUGAAAAUUAGUUUCAGUUGUUGAAUUAUACUCCACAGGUAAAGUCUGGACUAAUCAAUUCAUUCGUGUGUAGACUAAAAGGAUUUUAUUUUGGACAAACCAGCCGAAACAAGCUUUUGCACAAGUCUAAUUCUUACCUUAUUUGUGCCUGCUGGUUGCCACCAUCUUUGAUCUUCAGCUCUUGGCAUCCAUGUUGAUGUCCUCCAUAAAUGAUGUCUCACGAGGAGCAUAGUAUUUUACCUUAUAUCCUUUAAAUUUCAAAACAGUUUUUUUGGGCUUUUCAUAACUGUAUUUUGAUGAAAUGCACGUAAAAAAUGGUGGUAGAGUGGAUUUUUUUUUCCAAGAAUGGGAUAUUGAUUUGCUUGUUUGAAGCAUUUCUGUUGAGCCAGUUGAUUAACAUUUUGGAAAUCACUAAACCUAAUUAUAUGCCUUUCAGACUCCUAGAAAAAUAGGCUAUACAAUACUGUCUUUUGCUUUUUGCAUUGUAUAGGAUUCCAGAGAUGUAUUUCAAUUUGCAGUUCCAUUUCUUGCUAUAUUGUAAUGGAAACGUCAAACAAGGUCUGUUUAAUAACAGUUAAGUAAAUAUCCUCCACUUUCCCACCUAUAAACAUUCUGUAUAUACAAUAUGGCUCCAGGAAGACAGACUACAUUCUUUUUUUCCAGUAGAAUGUUUCUGUGUUCUAGUUUAAGCAGAAUGCAUUCUGUUUUAUUCUUGAUCUCCUCCCCCACCUUUUUCCAUAAAAGCUCCCGCUUAAUCCUGUUUUCUGUGUUCACCCAUGAUGCAUACAGAUCACAACACAGAACUGUCAACCUUGAAAGCAAUAUAUGUUGAGCCCUUCUAUUGGGUUUCAAAUUGAGCUUUUUCUACAGCUGGUAGGAUUCUGGGAGAUCCUGCUACAAGAAUUGACAUCCUGUUUGAAUCAUUUUGAUUAUAUUUUGGAAUUGGGACUAUAAAUUAUAGACCAUUCCAAUGCAACUUAAUUAAAAAUAGGUUUGUGUUAUGAAUCGAUAGAAUAGGUCAACUUUCAUCCCAUGAUUUGGCAAAAUUUAUAUAAAUUUAGUCAAUUUAGUUUCAGUGUACUUUAUUUUACACUUUUUGUGUGUAUGUGUGUGUAUGUAUAUAUAUAUUUCUUUAAAAACCAGCGCUCUCACAGGGCUUUUCUUCAGUAGAUUAUCUUCUUUAAUUUAAUUACAACAAAUUGUGAUAAUUACAUUUGUGAUCGACGUUUCAGUCCCUCCAUGGGCCUUUUGUCAAGAUCUAUAAUAUAUAAAAAAAAAAAAAAUCAAAUAGACCAUGUUUGCUUGCCUAUUAUGGUGAUGGUACGCUUUAUGUAGUUGGUGCGUGAGCCUUUAACCCCUUAAGGACACAUGACAUGUAUGACAUGUCAUGAUUCCCUUUUAUUCCAGAAGUUUGGUCCUUAAGGGGUUAAAGCUAGCAAUAACACAUUUUUGUUUGUUGGGAAAAGCAAUACAUUCUGUUGUACGGAGGAGUCUUCCAGUAUACAGCCCCAGGAAAGUUAAAGGAACACUAUAGGGUCAGGAACACAAACAUGUAUUCCUGAUCCUACAGUGAAAAGCCAUUUGGCUCCCCCCCCCCCUCUUAGAAUGGGUUAAAACUCACCUUAUUUUCAGCUCUCCACGGGUCCACCGGUGCUGGCCCUGCCCCUUGGUGACAUCAGAAUUGCUGAUUUUUAGCCAAUCCAAUGCUGAUUGGCUAAAAUCAGCAAGGGGCGGGGCCAAAUGCCGUUUUGGCCAAUCAGCACCUGCUCAUAGGUGGCCACUUGGAGAUGUCCCUAGUAGCAAUGUAAAUACUACUUUUUCUCUGAAAAGGCAGUGUUUGCAUAAAAAUGCAUGAAGGCAAUGAUUAUACUCUCCAGAACAACUACAUUAAGCUGUAGUUGUUCUGGUGACUAUAGUGUCCCUUUAAUAUGUAUCUGACUAUCCACCCAAUUUAGCUAAGGUCAUUCUUCAUUCAGUGGCAUGUCCCUAUUUGCCCUAGGACCACUUACCUUUAUGCAUACCUUUAUCUCUUGUUCCCCGAUAGGAAGGCAGUGAAAAUUUAUCUGACUAUAUUCACUAUCGGUCCCAUGCAUAAUUACACUUUGUAUUAAUAAUUCAACCUGAAUAUAUUUUGGGUUCAUAUCUGCAAAACUAUGAAAUAAAUGGAGAACUAUGUUGCAAGUCUCUGAUAGUGAAUAGGUUAACAGUGGGAACAAUCUGAUUCUGUGUUCCUAAUACGUUAAUACAAGACUUGAAAUUGGUGAAGGGUCUGCAUAUAAUAUACAGGUUCUAUUUGACAGAGAACAAACUACUUUAAAACAAAAUCCCUUUGUAUGACAGCUGCUUACCCAAAAUUGUCAGAAAGAUUUGUCAUGUACAACAUUGCUUCGAACUGUCCAUUUGUAUUCCAACCGCACAAUGUUUAUUGGCUCAGGAAAGAUAAGGUUGUUUAUAUGGAUUGCAGAAAAAAAAAGUAAUUUUUUGUUUUUAAAGGAUUUCUUGUGACCGUGAUCUUAAAUGGAAUUGGUCUAAAGUUUUAAACUAACAUUUAUAACCGAAUUGCAUGACCAUUUAUAGUUUCAUGGGUCUGACUACUUGCCAAGCUAUCACAGGGUAAAAGGUGUGGGUAUGAAGUGGUUACUUGCAGUAACUGAUUCCCCCCUCUAUCUACACCGUCCUAAUCAGGGCUCAAAAUUUCAACUCGCUACUAACCAUUGGCUAGUGAAAAUUUAUCCCUGGCGUGUUCGAAAAAUAUGGUGUCAGUGGAAAUUUGCCACUGUAUGCUGUGGCUUGUAGUGGGAAGUCGAUUUUAAGGCAUGGCUAGUAAUAUAGGACUUUAUAUAAAACCGCUGCUUUAAUGAAAAUAUUCAUAUCCUUUAAUUUACGUCAUUGCUUGAACUUUCAUUAACUCAUACCAGGUAACAAAGUAAAUAGUUACAUUAUCACUGUACAACUAUAUAUUUGUGAAACAAAUUUACAUACGGGGCAAUUGUGGAUAACAUCGAACCAAGAUUAAGCUACAAAUAGUCUCAAAUUAGGGAGAUUUUUUCAAAGUAACUAAUAACACAAGAGAUAAUAAAUAACAAUAAAUAAUACAACCUCCCUAUUUAACUAUAUAACAUUCAGUGUAGCCUAUUUCAAGCAGAUCUAUACAUGUAUAGACAGAAACGUACAAUAAAAAAAAAAAGUAAUCGCACAUAGAACAAUAUAUACAACUACUCAGUGACACAAUCCACUAUAGUGGUUAUGAUGUGAGGAGUAUCAUAAGCUUUGUUAGGGGUACAGGGAAAACACUCAUGUACAGUGGCUCUGGGAUAGGACAAAUUUGAGCCUUAAAAAGCAAAAUAGCCUGGUUUCUCACUUACCUCCAUAUUACUGCUUUAUCCACAGGAUAUGGAUGGAGAUAUAUAUAAAUUAAUUAAACCUUAUUCUAUGUGUAAUGGCAUUACAUGAAGACUGUCUUCUAGGGAAUGACUUUAGGUGAUCUCCAAGGUUGUACAACUAGAGCAGAACACAGUUUCUGGCAGCGUCCUUCCCUAUCCACUAAAAUAUUAAAUAAGACCCCACGGAGAGGUCAUGAAAUAUUUACUUAUUCAAGCUCUGUAAUGCCAUGUUAAUUUCACAAAGUCUACUCGGCAUGUAGCGGUUGUGAAUUCUAACCUUAUCUCUGUUUGAAAUGCGUUUGUUUUUAUUUUAUAUAAUUUUUUUUCUCCUCUUUCAAAAGUGGAGACCUAAGGGAUUAGUUGUCUUUCUUUUUCAAAAUCAUUCUUAACUUCCCACUUCCCACCCUCCAGCAUCCACACAUCGCCCUAUCUACAGGCUCUCCUCUACCCACAGGCCAGAUAAAUAAUAAAUGAGUGUUUGUGCAGCCAAGUGCUCUACUUAGGAAAGUUAACCUAGAUGGCAAUUCUUCUGUGUGUCUGUUACAGAUCAGCAUCUUCAUGACACAUCUCUCAAACUACGGCAACGACCGCCUGGGGCUCUACACGUUUGAAAGCCUAGUGAAGUUUGUGCAGUGUUGGACCAAUCUCCGACUCCAAACUCUACCACCUGUUAACCUGGCAAAGAAAUACUUUGAAAUCUUUCCACAAGAGAAGGAUCCUCUAUGGCAGGUGCAGUAGAAUUCUUCAUUGUGUAAUGUUACUUACUGUACCCCAAAAGUCUCUUAUACAAUCAGUGUUUUAGGUGUAUCUAGUCUCUCUUUUGAGUUAUGGAAAAAACUUUUUUUUGUUUGUUUUUUGUGUUAGUUUAUAGUCCUGGUUAUAUAGCAGUGCUAGUUAGAGAUCCUUAUUUAUGUUUUAAUUUCUGCCAUUUUAAAAGUGCAUUAAGCACCUAGAAGAAAGUUUAGUACUGGUAGGUGUUUUCAUUUAAAUAUCACUUUCAAGGUCCAAUGCUACAUUUUAUGGAUUGUGUAAAGUACGUUGCAACAUUGUUCAAUUUCUAAGUAAUACAAAGUUUAUGAAGUAAACACUUUGUGAAACCUUGACAUUUGCAUUUUAGUGUAGUUGCGGAUGCUGGCUGAGAUUGAUGGACAUUUUGUAUGCCCAGCACAUUUGGGUGCUAGUGUAAUGCACUGUGAUUGCUAUUUUUAUAUGGCCACUUUGAGGGAAAUUUACAUAUGACGGUAGUAAACUGUAUCACCGUCCAGUAUUCCCUUUUUCCCAGUAGCAGAAUAGUAACAAUAAUCCACAGGAAUAAAUAUCGCUGGUAUUGCCAAAUAAUCAACACGUUAGCCAAAGCUUAAUGCUGGAACAAGACUGAUUUACUGGAAGCAACAGGCAUUCAAUUUAUACAGUAACAGACUCCUCCUCUGGGCCAGGCUAGAUAAUUGAGUUUCAGCAACCUACUAAACUCAAUUAUCUGCUGGCCAGAAACAUUACAAUUUUAAAAAAAUUUCUGCAUAACAUAGAAAUAUAUAUCGCUGGGUAGCUGAGGAUACUGGGAGUCACAUGUCCAAAUUUCACAAAAAUCAGUUUGGUAGUUUCCGUGUCGCAUCGUGUGGAAGUUUGACCGGCUCGCCAUGUGGUGGUAUCUGAUUUAGAGUUCCAUGACAUCAGUAGCAAGAGCCGGUCUCCGUUCGCGCAGAAUUACACGAAAACUACCAUAGAUAUGUUGCGGCUGUUUACAUGAGAGUGCUCCCCUCGUUCGGUAGAUUAAAACUCCCAAACGCCGGUUUGAUACUAUGAGUGGAAAUGGGUCAGACAGGACUUCCAUAAUGACUGGACGUUCGUGUGAUUGCCAGCCGAAAACAGUUCCAGGCAAUCCACGAGUAAGUCCCGCUGGCCGCAUUCGGGAGAUUUAAGACGGCCGCCAUUCUUUGUUCUCGCCACGUGUUCGUAUGCCGAAUGGCUGCCACCUAGGAGCACUCAAUUAAGUUGCGGUUUUUCGUGUGAUUUCUCGGUGUUCCAAAUUCUGAUUGCUACCCAGGCUGGUCUCCGUUCGGUAGAACAAAUACAUUUCCCGAACACAUAAUUAAAACGAAACAUUCAAGGUAGUUAAAGAGCAGGGAGAGGACACAACCGAAAGAACACAGGUGAAUACAGGGAAAUCCUUUACAUUACAUAUUUAAAAAUCUGAACUCAACGUGACCGAUUCUCUUUAGCAAUGAUAAUAGGAAAAGUUUAGUUGGUAAAGAACCCAAGUCCCCCUUUCUGCAAUGCCUACUGAAAAAUUAAAUGAAACCGUAAAGUUUGUACUUUAAUAAUAAAAUUUUAAGCUUUUUGCUCACCUUUUCUCCUCCCAUGAUGUCAUUGGGAAACAUGGCCUCUUCAAUGGUCCAAUCCAAUGCACCUCAUAAAGGUGCAUUGGGGACCUGAUGUGCGGCAAGUGCUGCACGCACAUCCACGUUUCCUCAUAGGGAUGAAUUGAAUCUAUGCUUUAGUACGAGUGCUUCUGUUGUCACAUGAAAGAGUUUUAAUCAGUCAGUGCAGUGGAAGCACCUGUAGUGGCUGUCAGGAAGACACACUAGAGGUGGAUUUAACACUGUAAUGUAAACAUAGCGGUUUAAAAACCAAAAAAAUGAAUGUUUUACAUUAGUGUUAAAAGGACAGAACCACUGCACCUAGACCAUGUGGAAUUGUUGACUUUUUAGUGUACCUUUACUGUUGGAUUCGCCACAAUUUAAUGGUUGACCACAUUAUUCUCUGCUUUAGCUAUAAACUCCUAAUCUUUUUAUCCGGGAUAAGCCGUUACACCCAUUAUAAAAUGUCUGCAGUCUGGCUGUCUACACCUUGACUUGAAAUUAUUUUAUGGUUUUACAGAAUCCUUGUGAUGACAAGAGACAUAAAGAUAUCUGGUCAAAGGAAAAGACCUGUGACAGGCUGCCAAAGUUUUUAGUUGUUGGACCUCAAAAGACUGGUAUGUAUUCAUUUUACUAGCAUCAUUGGUAUUUGGUAAUUGGUCUUGUAACGGAGCUCCUUGUACUCCGACUGAGUACCCUCCGUUGAUGGAUGCUCCUAGCGCUUCCUGAGGACUCCAAACACUGCAGCAGACACCACAACCACCGCAGACUCCACAACCGCCGUAGCUUAACUGGAGUCUCGCCGUCUUCCUUCCACCCUGGAUCAGCUUCUGUCCUCCAGGACCGUGUGGGGAAGACCUCUCCUCCAGGAGAGCGUAACAGGAACAGCUCUUAAAAGAGCUAAGUGAUUAAAAGCUCAGGGGAGUAUGCAGAGCAUAGCAAUCCCCAGUGUGAUAUAGCAGUUCCCUCCAAUAACGAGACAAGGCUACGUAUUGAGGGUCAAGAAGAUCUGAUGUUUAAUGGCACACACUCUGCUUUUAUGAGAUUCUGCCCAUGCAAGGGAGACACCCACAUAAUUAGCAGUAUAACCAAUCGGAACAAUAUACAUUCGGGGAAAUUCCCAUCCCUCAGAUAAUCACAUAACAUAAUUAAAACAGAACAGUAAAAAUACAGUUUUUAUACAUGUACUAUAACUUCCAAACUACACAUCCAAUCUUCAUAAAAAUUACAUAUUUGGAAUCAAUCCAUUAAGGGGAGCAACAUAUUAAAAAAUGGCACAAAUCAGACAAGGGGUUCAAAAGUUAGCAAAAGUGUCUUUUGGGGCCUGGCUGGCAGCAUGGUUUUCUGGCCCAAACCGGUUUUACAGAGGCCUCUAUGCUGGACAAUGGGGAAAGUAAUCCAAUUAUCCAGGGAUAGAGGCAGACUCCAUUAAACACAUGUUAGCAAAAGACACAAAAAUACAUAACUCCUAUUGAACUGAACAGAACCCCCACAUUCAACCUAUCCCCAGAUGGCUUGGAUCUGAGCGCUCAAUAUAUCCAAACAGCGCUCAGAUCCCACAAAUACAGUCAAAUGGCCAUACACACUAGGUCCAUAGUCAUGGGGCAGAAGGCUGGCAAUUAGGCUUCUCCAUAACACAGGGAAGCAGGGCAAUUUGUCAAAUAAAAUAACAGUUACAAAUGGCAGUUUGUAACAGUCUUCACACCACUAAUCGAUUGUUGUUAAUUGUUACAUUUCUCCAUAGGUACAACAGCCCUGUACUCCUUUCUUGGCAUGCAUCCAGCUGUCACAAGUAACUUCCAUAGUCCAAUCACUUUUGAGGAGAUCCAGUUUUUCAAUGGAUUAAACUAUCACAGAGGCAUUGAUUGGUAAAUAUUCUACUAUCAAAUGUUUGUCCUGUUGUUAAUCGGUCAGAAAUUAUGACUUUUAGCAGCUAUUUCUUUAUUUGCCAAACCUUUCCAAGCUCCAGUUUGGUCAGAUGGUACUGACAAUGAUCAGGAGCUAAAUCUUGCCAUCUGGUUAUGAGAAUCUCUCAAUAUAUUUCUCGUUGGCAUCUAAAAUGACAAGGGGACUGGGUAAGUGUAUUACUUGUGACAAAGCAGGACCUCUAUUCUGAUUGAUGAAUCCCUCAUGAUUAAGACUCCCAAAAGUUGUCGUCUUGUGUAUUUUUCUCUUUAUGAAUAAACCAUUUAAUGCAUAAUCCAUUGCCAAGUACAAAAAAAACAUAUCUCUGUUUGGUAGAUAUAUCACCAAUGAAAACAUGCAUGGAUUUAGUUAUACAUUUUUUUAGUGUGGUAAAUCUAAAACAGCUUGCAUUAGAAGCCCUCCGCUUCGAACCCAGCCCAGACUUUCUUUUGGCUACCUAAUCAUAGACUUACCAGUGCAGCUCAAUGCUCAGGUGCUUUGGUCAAUUCCUGUCUCUUGAGUUUACUUCUACUGAGCUAACCAAACCAGGAUGCAACAGGACCAAGAUGUAACAGAAAAGCCAGGGGGUUGUAACAAGGUUCAUUUAUAAUCUAUCAAUCUCUCUCUUUUCUUUUUUUUCUUUUUCAAUCUGCACUUCUUGUAAAAUGAAGAGGACACUCUAGCAAGCUAAAGUUCUUUAGGUGUCCGUAGAGUCCCUUUACAUUUUGGCAAUUUUGUAGCUCUGAAAAUCUUUAUUUAUUGAUUUUAAUUUCUCUUAGGUACAUGGAAUUCUUCCCUGUGCCUUCCAAUGCUAGCACGGACUUUAUGUUUGAGAAGAGUGCAAAUUACUUUGACGCUGAAGUGGUACCUAAACGAGCUGCAGCACUUCUCCCCAGAGCAAAAAUUAUCGCUAUCUUAAUCAGCCCUUCAUACCGAGCUUACUCCUGGUAUCAGGUAAUGCCCCCAUGGUUUGAAAUCCAGAACUUCAUUUACUUGUGUCAUCGGGAGUGAGCAGAGGAGGGCGUCCUCUGAUGUUUAAUGUGACCCAUGAGGCCAUUUGUCCACAUACAUAAAAUGAAGUUAGUGGAAAGGGCUCCAAAGGUUAAUUGUUGUGAAAUAUUCUGGGGAUGCUGAGGCUUUCUUAUUUUCAUACCUUCUGUCAUUAUUAAUUUGACCUGGCAGUUUCAGUGAAAGCUCAUCAUUGCUAAACAUAUCACUUGAAAUAUCUGAAGUAGUGUGCUGAGGUUUGAACUGAUUUUCUGUAUUGAUUUAACUAUUUCUAGUAACCUUUACUGGAAGAACAGGAUAUUAAACAUAGCUGCAAGCAGCAAUGUACAAGAAUAACAACACAGAUAUAACAUGUGUAGAUAUAGUAGGCAGAGCAGCAGAUGACCUAGAUAAGCAUAUUAUACAAGUGUUCUAAUAUUUCUCAACAUUAGUAUCUUAAAGAAAUACAAUCUCCACAUUCCCUAUAACAUAGAAACAUAGAAUGUGAUGGCAGAUAAGAACCAUUCGACCCAUCUAGUCUGCCCAAUUUUCUAAAUACUUUCAUUAGUCCCUGGCCAGAAGGCACUAAAGCAAUUGAUCACCAUACAAAUUUAUCAUCAGUUUCCAUGUUCAUACUUCAUUUUUUUUUUUGCGUCUUGUUUUGUUUUUUAAUUUUGAGUUGGCAUUUUUGACCAUUUGAUUAUGGAAAAAUAUUGAAAUAGGUUAGCAAAAGAGAAUCGCAUUGCUUAGUUUGCAGAUUUCGCUCCUGCAGCAUCAGAAUGCCAGGAAAGUACACGGCAGCGUUUUAAAAUGACCACCGUACAGCAUAAAGACGUGACGUGACCAGGAAAACCCAGUUUAUUGGACCAACCUAAUUAUAACAUGGCCGUAUGCAGGAAGUGUCAGUAUGUUGGCCUGCUCCUACCUUCACAGCAUACAGACAGUCCCCAAUCUACAUUGUCUUGACUUGUAACAAUUUACACCAGGGGUGCCCAAAAGGUAGAUCCCCAGAUGUUGUAGAACUACAACUUCCAUGAUGCUUUGCAUGCCUUUAGAAUGACAAAGCAUCAUGGAAGCUGUAGUUUGAAAACAUCUGGGAAUCUAUCUUUGGACACCCCUGAGUUACACUUACCAGUAGACUCUGUUUUUGAACCCAUCACCAGUUACAUCAUAUCAUAUUACGGUCUAUCAUCUAGUGUUCUUUGUGAGCACUAAGUGUAAUGAUAUUUUGCUUCACCUACUCUCAUUUUUAUAUACAUUUUUGUAGCUGACUGGUUUUUAAUAUAUUGCGGCACAAGUCCUGUAUUUAUAGCUGUCACUCAUAUCUCCCUACAGCAUCAGCGAGCGCAUAAUGACCCGGUAGCAAUGAACUACACAUUUACACAGGUGAUAACAGCUGGGCAGCGUGCUCCCCCAGAACUCCGGAACCUGCAGAGCCGUUGCUUGAUGCCUGGGUGGUAUGCUACACAUCUGGAAAGGUGGCUGAGCUAUUACCCUGCCAGCCAGGUGAGUGAUUACAGGGUUAUCAAAUAAUGCUAUGGUGCGGAUUUAAAAAGCCUUUGUACAUUUAUAGUAAUCACAAUAUCAAGUUUUAAAGAGAAUUGAGCAGGGAAUUAAUCUUUUAUUGGGAGAAUGUGUUCUACAACAGAUGUGUUAGUGGUGAAAAUUGUGUAUAGCUGCUCUGUACACUAAUGUGGAUUACCCUUUAUUCCACAUGCAAUUGAAAUAGAGAAAGUGUGGUAUAUAAAUGCAAAGGCUUGGCCUGCAGUUGUGGGAGGGGCUUGUUACACUACUUAAACCCCCCCCUACUCACCUUCCUCCGUCCCGUACGUGAUUAUAGCGAUUCGCUUGUCGUUAUUUCUGGUCGCUCCAUUUCUCCACUUACCUGGUCUUCCAGGCUCCUUUGCCUGGCCUGCUGCUCGUUGUCUGCGGUCCUCCUGGGCUCUGCUCCGGAUCUCCGGUUGUCCCUGGCGCUCCAAGCCUCUAUUGUCCUUCCGGGGCAGGCUACGCUGGCUCGUACCCCUUGCUGUCCGGAGGAAAGUGUCUCAUCCUCUGCAUCUCCCCCUUUCGACCGUGGCUCUUGGGGGGGGGGGUCGGCUUUGUUGCGGUGCUGCGCGUCUUCCUGGCAUUCUUGGCUGUGUGCCAGCUCCGGGGGUUUUCUACUGCCCAGUUUGUUUUCUACUGCCCAGUGUGCAGCGGACCAGGCUGGGUGUGCGGAUCGUGUUGUGCGCCGCAGUGCUCUCGGGUGUGGGGGAGGCCAGAGUGGGGACGGGCACUAUUUGUGCAGGUGCGAGGCUAGUGGCAAUUGUCGGUGGGGAGACUGGAUGCGGGAAUCACUCUGACCGCCCGGGUUGGAAACAGGCUCUUGUGGUGACUCCUUUCCCCUUUUUUUUCUUGAGCAUUCCCUCACCCCCUGCGACGCUGUCGCACAUGCACAUCUGUACUCACCGGCGGCUGGGGCAUCCAUGUGGCCACACACACACACGUGUGUUGUGUGCAGUUAUGGAUACGGGUAGAUACCAUGGUUAUAGGUCGACCUAAUCAGGGACUUUUAGCUGGGCGACAUUAUGUGUUUUGUUUCUAUGUACUAUCACUAUUGCAGGUGCAGUGUUUUGCCUAGAACCUCUGCAGGUACAGAUCUAGUGUGCUUCUACAUGGCAACUUCCCCUGGAAUAAUAUAGAGUUAAAUCAAUAACCUGCAGCUGAUUUAGGUUUGUUGUGCUCGGUAAAACCAAAAAAAAAAUGUUAGUGUUUCCUUUUCCUGCUGUGUCAUACGCGGUCUUAAGCUACGUAGUUGCUGUUGCCAAGCGGUUUUCGGUCCCGUCAGGGGUUUGACCCGCGUAUUCACCUCGGGUUUUUCGUUUCCAUGCUUGGCUGGGCCAAGUCUGCCCGCUAUACCCGGGCUCCAUUAUUUUCCAGAAGGAUCAUUACAGUCUGCUUUAUGAUUCCUCCUCAUACCACCCCCCUCAUCUUCAUCAUACGGUGCAUCCACUCUCUCACUCCUUACCCAUCCCCUCUUAGUUAGCUGUUGCUGGCUGUCAGGGUCCUAGGUGCCCACUAGUGGUAAUUUCCCCCCGGCUUCUUCGCCUUAGGUUAGUGGUCCCGUGAGGCUGACACCCAUCCUCAUACUCGGAGGUACUUCGCCCCUCGGGCCAAAUCAUAGUUAGUCACCUCGCAUUGUGUCAUAGAGAGGGCCUCACCUGUUACUCCCAGUCUAUCUUAUGGUUACCUGUCACCGAGAGGCUGCCACCCCGCCACAAUGUUCAGUGGCCACGUUAUCCCCUCGUGCCAACUCAUAGAGCUUCUCCCGCCACUUGGCAUCUAGCAGGGCCUCACCUGUCACCAAACCUAGUUUUAAUCGUUUCGCCUUUUGGCUUAGCUAGUAUGCCAGCGCUCGCACGCACGCACGCACACACCGGGUCUUGUGAACCCCGGGGCCUUUACACCAACACGAAUUCUAUUACCCAUUGCCGGCAUGCUCCAUUCAGCCUGACCGCCUGGACUCUGACGUGCUUACUCUACAUUCCAGUUACGGUCGGCCCUGCGGUUCUUUGUCGUUUCACCCUCAGGUUCGUCAUAUUCGUCCUCUCACGCUACCUUCCUUCCCCUCUUAGUUAGCUGUGGCUGGCUGUCAGGGUCCUAGGUGUCCACUAGUGGUAAUUCCCCCUGGCUUCUUCACCUUAGGUUAGUGGACCCGCGAGGCCAACACCCAUCCUCAUACUCGGAGGUACUACGCCCCUCGGGCCAACUCAAAGUCUCCUCGCAUUAUGGCAUAGAGAGGGCCUCACCUGUCACUCCCAGUCUAUUUUAUGGUUAACUGUCACCGAGAGGCCGCCACAACGUUCAGUGGCCACGUUAUCCCCUCGCGCCAACGCAUAGAGCCUCUCCUGCCACUUGGCAUCUAGCAGGGCCUCACCUGUCACCAAACCUAGUUUUAAUUGUUUCGCUUUUUUUGGCAUUAGCUAGUAUGCCAGCUCACACUCACGCACACACACAUUGGGUAGCUUAUGCGCUGUUUCUUCGUCUCUUUUUUUUUUAGCAGGUCUCCACUGCCUGGCGCUGGCGUGCUACUUUUUCCGCCUGGCUCUCUGGCUAGGUCUGGUACUCCUCAACCGACUUCUUUCCCCCUUUACUAUGCUCCUCUUGCUAUGCUUCCUGUACGGCCUUAUUUGCCCCUCACACAAUUAAUAUAUACCUCAAGUGGAGUGCUAUAAAUGUUGAGGAAUUACUCUUAUGUCUAAAUAUGCUGGAGUAUUUAUUUUUAAUUUAACUUAAAAUCUUGUAUUUCUUAUGUGAAUUCUCCCCAGUGCUCAGUUUAGUGAAGGGAAAAGAAAAACAUAAGUUUACUUUGUGACUAAAAAUAAUUUAUUGCCAAACAAGCAAACAAACUAGCAUGGCAUGAACUUCUAGACGUUUCUAUUGACCUGCCCGGUUCCCCAGCUGACAGAUUGAUAUUUUAUUUGGAACAGAUUCACAUUGUGGAUGGGCAAGAACUGCGGAAUGACCCAGCGUCGGCCAUGGAGAGCUUGCAGAAGUUUUUAGGAGUGACACCACAUUAUAACUACACACAGGCCCUUAAGUAAGUAAAUAUUUGACGACGACAGCACCACAUUUUGAAUGAACAUCGGUAGUUACAACUUUGCACCCUGUGUGUGUAAAAACCUUAAUUUAUUAUUUUUGGACAAAAAGAUUUGAAUCUUUCCAAAUGAGGAAUCUAUAGAAGUAACCAUAAAAGUCUAUAGGAAUCUUUGUAGGUAAAUAAUCUGAAAAGUUUAUCCAAAAAUAUUAAAUUGUACUUUAUACCCUGUGUGUAAACAUAGGCCACUACCACUGUACAUCCUUUGAGUGAACAUGUGUGCCUGUUACUACACUCAAUGUGUUACUACACACCUGCAUACCCUGUAUGUGCCUGUAUUUAGCUAAUACUGUAUCGUGUGCGAACACAUGUAACUACAACUGCUCGCAGUGUGUGAACAUGGGUAUAUACUUUUCUGAAGCUUUACUUGCCAAGGACGGCAAGUGAAAGGCUGAGAAUAUUAGCUUAUCACUGCUGCUCAAACAAAUGAUUCUGCAUUUGUAAGCAGGCAGAGGUGCGGAAGUUAGACCAGUGGCGAAUGGACACCACUUCCUUGUCAAACGGUUUGAAAAUUGUUUAACACUAGAAGGUGCUGAUGGCCUUUGAGCAUCAUAACUACUUUAAAAAUAGAUGUACAUGUGCAAAAAUUUUAUAAAAUGCCAACAUACGUGCAGGACUUAAAAUGUUUUCCCACACUUGCGUUACUAGAAAUUUAAUAAUAAAGUGUGCAUCCAAGUGAUGACAAAACAAUACUUAGUGUUAUAAGGUGGAGGACAGUAUAAGUCCUCUUAGUAAAAUGCUUAAUACCAUUUAAAUAUCACACAAUGCUCUACGAGGUUGAUAGAGACUCUAAUAAUAAGAAAAGAGAGAAAACCCACAGAGUAAUCCAACUUGUAAAUGCCACACUUUAAAUAUUAUUGUGGAACUACUCACAUGUGCUCAAGCAGCUUUCAGGCUCCAUGUAAUACACCCAGUAAACCCUUAUCAGACCUAGGUAUCCUCUCCGGUAUUGGGAUAUAGGACAGACACUUAGAUCUCCAUUUGUCAAAUUAUUUAUUAUUUCAACUUUAAUAUGAGGGCUCAAAAUGCUUAUUAAGAUGAUGGGCGAGUUUUACUAAAAUAAUAAAGUGGAUCUCACCGCUGGUAAGUCUUCUCCAAUCAACAUAAAAAUAUACAAUGUAGACACGUUUCGACUCGAGUCUUCUUUUGUUAUUCAGCAUCUAAAUAUACCCUAUUCCAGGGGUAGGCAACCUUUUAGCAGCACUGUGCCGAUAUAGGAUUGAGAUGUCCUAUUUUUUUAAAUUGAGGUGUGUAUGCUGCUUGUGUUAUUUUUACUGUAAUUGCUUUGUAUCGUUGUAUUUGUGCGUAUAUGAGCUACUAUAUUGUAUAUGUUCAUUAGUAGUUUGUGGUAUCGUGUAUGAUACCUAUGAAUGUGGGCUGUGUAUAAGGGCUGCUUGUGGAAUUGUGUGUGGAUAGAUAUGUCACAUUGCGUGUUUGGUAGUGUGUGUGUAUGUGGGGCUGUUUGGGGUAUUGCAUGUGAGAGGCUGCAUGUUGGGUUGUGUGCAUGUAUGUGGAUUGUUAGCGGGUUACAUUUGUGCGGAUUGUGUGUAUGUUUGUUUGUGAGCUGUUUGUAUUGUUUGUGUGAGAGGAGGGUUAUUCUGCAUUUCUGUGUAUAUCUAGCAGUGCUGGUGACUUCCAUGGGUUCCAAUGGGGACCAGGCUGGCCAGGUACAGGUCAAUGACAGGAGCUGCAACAGCAGCUGUGGGCUGCUCUACUACAGUUUGGAUUCCCAUUCACAAGUGCUGGGAGGAAGGGAUCUGAGAUCACUUCCUGUAUGUGCUGCAAUGCAUAAAUUGAGGAUUGUCCUUCACCACCUCUUCGUAUUAGAAGAUAUCUGAAGUUUUACUGGGACUCCUGAUAGGCCAGAGCCCGUUUGGCUCUAGCAGCCUUGAGUGCCGUGCAAAGACACCUUGAGUGCCGUAGGUUGCCUACCCCUGCCCUAUUCCCUGCCUUACAGUUAUAAACAUUCUAUUCUGUUUCUAAUCACUUAAGAAUUUCCCUACGUUAUCCUUUAAAGAAUAUAGUUUACUAUAAGUAAAAAAAAUACAACAUACUUUACCAAAAUGUUUUUGUCUUCAGGGAUCAGUCCCAAAUGACACACACACUGUUCAUAAUUCAUGAGAGUUUAGAGAGCACCUAAAUUCUAAAUAUUACUACAAUUCCGUUGCUUUUUAUCCUGGAGAAGUUAUGUAUGCUGAUUAAUUUUAAUUUAUGGUCUGUAGGUUUGAUGAAGCCAAAGGAUUUUGGUGCCAGGUUGUUGAAAACGGGAAAACAAAAUGUCUUGGGAAAAGCAAGGGCCGAAAAUACCCUGACAUGGAACCGUCGGUAAGUCUACCAUCUCAUUCGUGUCUCUCACAGCCCAAAGCAAUUUAUAUAUGUUUUAUAGAAAUACAUAAUUAGAAUUGACAGCACCGAAGGUAUCCGGGACUAACCCAUUAUGUAAAAAGUCAAACUCAACUAGGACACAUUAUCGGCCUGUCAUGUUUCCUGAUAUUCAACAAAUGCCUUUCUUUAUCAUAGAGGUUUUUUUUUUAGCAUUUAAUAAAGAGUAUACAAACCUUUUUUUUUAUUUAAAUUCAAAUUAUGUGAAUGAUGGCAUAGGUGUUUUGUUUAUUUUUUAAUUUCUAGGAUUAAUAAAGCACAGCAUAGCCCCAAGUUAACUAGGCAUUACAAAAAUAUGUAAAAAUGUUUCUGAAGUGUGGAUUCACUGCUAAUGCAACAUCAGAUGGCAGGAGUACAAACAUGUAUUGCUGUCAAUAUUGUUGUGAAAACACAACUUAGGUCCCAGCCUGUCUGUAAGCAAUGUAAAAGGUGAUUUUACUUGCCUUUAUUCUAGUGCCACACGGGUCUCCUUGCAGCUGGCUCCACCACUGUUCCGCCUCCUGGGCUGAGAUGCUUAAAAUGGACUAUUUCAGCCUAUCCAAUGCUUUCCCAUAGCAUAGCAUUGGGAGCCUAUUGCACAUUUGCGGCAAAACACCACGCUGCACCAGUCAGCAUCUCCUCACAGAGAUGCACUAAAUCAAUGCACCUCUAUUAACAACGUUAAGCGCGUUCAUGCCAAGCGUGGAGACACUAAACGACAGUGCUGCACAUUGUGCAGCAGUGACCCAGGAAGCACCUCUAGUCUGAGUGACUGCCACUGGAGGUGUUACUAGGCAGCAAUGUAAAUUGCCUUUUCUCUGAUAAGACAGUGUUUGCAUUACAAUGCCUGGAGGGACAGCCUAUAGACACCAGAACAUUAAGCUGUAGUUGCUUUAGUGACUAGCGUGUCUCUUUAACCUGUUGUGAAGGGCCAGAGCCAAAUAUGAUAUUUACCUCAGAAACAUCAUACCUUAAAAACCACAGACAUUCGUCAAACUUACAUUUUUAUUUAUGGAAAAUAGUGCCUUUAACAUGUUCUGCAACUACAAGAGGUUUCAUGAAUGCAUUUUCUCCUGUAUAGCAACUCCUCUGGUUUCUGAUACUAAACAUUUUUUUUGUAGCAUUUUUCUUUUUAUGAAUUAACAGUAAACCGGUAUAAAGAAUGUUUGUUUUUUGUUUUUACCCACUUGUAGUCACGGACUUUCCUAACGGACUUUUACCGGGAAAAUAACAUUGAACUCUCCAAGCUGUUAAACCGGCUUGGUCACCCACUGCCAACAUGGCUGCGAGAAGAACUUCAGAAUUCUAGCCGGAGCUGAGCCUGGGUUCCAACAUGCACUGGCAUGCUACAUCUACACACAACCACAUGGCAGGAGUCAACAGAAAUCAGCUUGCAAGGACUAAUCCUGCUGCACGGGUUGGCUUUCUUUGUAGCAAUGAACAGCACUAUGGAUGUUGACCAAUCAUUGUGGGAACCAGAUGGCUUUGUUCUCAUUUCUGUAGCAUGUGGACCUUUGUGCUGCAGUGAUGGACACAACCUUGCUGAGUCUAAAAAUAUGUGACAAAAACGCACCUCCUGGACAAAAGUGUUAACUGUUUUGUUACAGAGCUUCUGGUAACAGAUGUCAAGAAAAUUGAAGUCGCACAAUGAAGCCUAUUUUAGGCCAGACUUUGAGGGACUUAAUCUGAAUCAAGAUUGCAUCAGAAUGGAACAAGGUGGUCUUUUCUGGGAUUAUGUACUUUGACUCCUCUAGGGCAUUUGCACCAUGGUAACCUGUGCUUUUUGGUGGAGUGCGGGUUCCAUUGGAGACAUUGCUAAAUUAUUCAAGCUGUGGAAAAGAGCAGUUUAAGUCCAUUUUAUCACUGGGAUCCCUUUCCUUCCUCUCACGUUUUUGAGCAUACCAUGGGAAUAGUUCUCACCAUGCCAACUCACUUGCAAAUUUAUAUUUAAUUCAUUUUUAAUAGUGAACAGAGCAUGCUUGUUUUGAGUCUCUACAUCUUAUAAGUGACUUGUAAUUCUUCAUUGCACAUUAUGUGGCACGUUCAACCACUCUUGCCCCAUGCCAACCGAUCUUUCCAAAGAGUAGACCUGUGCACACGUAGGUAGGAAUGUUGAUGGCCCUUCAAAAACAAAUCACUUCAGUUAAAGGUUUGUAAAAAGAGCCUGAAAAAGACAUGUCGACAGGAACUUGGAGGUUUGGUAAAGGAACUCUUGAAUGUUAAAAAUAUGUUCCUUUACUAGUUCAGUAUUCUGAGCCUUUGAUUAUUAUUAUUUUUUUUUUUUUUAAAUGCCAUUAAAUGGCACAGAGUCAGACUCCUUACUGCAGCCUCAUCCUCCUCCUGGGAGAUCACCAUAUUUCAUCUGGGUCUAAACUCUAAUUAAAUACUUCUCAUAGAGAAACAUUGGAGACAUAUGGUGCAUGCGCGGCAAUCAAUGCUAUCUGCCAAUCUAAUGUUUCUCUGUGAGAAGUCAUUGGAUCCAUACGUCAUAAAGAUGCAUUGGAGGCUCACCCAGCUUUUAACAUCCACAUACAUUGCAUGCUGGUUCCAUACAUCAAAUAGAAUCUGUUUUGUGUCCGAAGAGUGGGCACUGCAAAAUGCAAACCGUGCCAUUUCUCUGGAACAGCACUGUUUUCCUCUGCAGGGGCAGCAUCUAUAAAUCACUCUAGGUUACAUUGAUGUGAAAUAAUUUUGGUGUUCACACUGUUCCUUUAAGCUGAAGUGUGUUCCUUUCCUGAGUAAUGCUUUAAGUGACUAGGUUUUCAGGGUGAACAGGUGCAGGUUUAAUUUCCUAUGAGUUGCUUAAAACAUUGCAGAGUUUGAGUUGAUGUAGGCAAUGACUCUAUUCUGUAAAUCAGAUUACUGUCUGCCAACUGUACAUUUAAAAAAUGUCUUUAUCCCAUAACUGCUUCCUCUUGGUACUUUACAUUUUAAAUAUUUUUUUUUAAUGGGGAUUUUCAAUAUUUAUUAAUUUAUCACCUGGUUAGUACAUAAUCUUAAUUUUAUAUCGUUUCUACAGAUUCUAGAUUUCAAUAGCUGCUUCAUAGAUAAAAGGCUAGCAAAUUAAAUGGAACAUGACAAUAUAAAAAGCCAGUGAUAGUGCUGGAUUUUGGCUUUGGCAUACUCUCAUGGAUUGAGAACUGAACUUAUUGUUGGACAUGGCCAGUAUUUUAGGUUCACAAAGAAUGAUCACUCACAAUCCUAUUCAGUUUGUUGGGUGCAGAAUCAAAUCAUUUACAAACCAUUCAUUGACAUAUUUCCGUGUACAUUUUGUUUUAUUGUAAAUUAUGAUAUACUUGCUAUAGUUAUUAUUAGAGAGGCACGCUGCCGUUGGUCCUGUUUUAUGGAUAUCCUAGUGUCUGUCUAAUGCAGUGUUUGCCAGUCCAGGAUUUUGUCAUUUUCCAAAUCCUUUCCUAUAGUGACACUGACACAACCUGGAGCCCUGAUGUGUCUUGAAGACUGGACUGGGAAACACUAGUCCAAUGUCCUGUUUCUGGUGUCAUCGUUGAAUAUAGAACAUGUUUUACAGUGGAGAGCUGAUUGAUGCUGAAGCUCUAUAUUAUGGAUCGUGUGAUCUUCUUGCUACAUAGAAACAGCCCAAGUACAAAAAAAGAAAAACUAAUCACAAACAUUCCAAUCACUCAGAAUAUGGGCAGCUGAAGUCUAUACCCCAGUUAACCCUUUGUUUGCCAGAUGAUUACAAGACCUUAUGUAGUGUUUUUGUCCCCAAAUUGAACUUGCCCUUUCAUUUAUCUCUGCUUUUAAUAUGCAUCCUGUUUGGGGGAUAAAUCUUCCCAAUGAUCCAACACGUAGAAAAGGGAUAUACACGCGUACACACACACACUCUUACACACACUUUCUCUUUUAUGAACUUCCCCUUUAAUCUCAACGGGCAAUUAAAAAAAAAAAAGUUUUUAAUGGUUUGUCAUUCCGCGGUAAUAUUGCUUGUUAUGUCAAGCACCAUCAACACAAUGAUUUGUUGUGACAGAAUGUGAGGGGAGGGGGAAGAGGAUGGCUAGGGGAGGGCAUUUUACACAAGCUUUCUGUUAUGUUUUUUUUAAGUUAAGCUGUAGGUAUUGUGUAUUUUGUAAAAUGGUCCAUUUACUCUUGUAUGGUAAAAAAAAAACAUGUAAAUAGUAUGCAAUAUAGUAUUUUAUGCCAUGUACCUUUUUAAUGGGGUAGAAAUUGUGCAACCAAAAGCUUAAACACAAGAAUAAAUUGAUACAUGUGGUAUUUUGAUCAGCAAACCCCUCUGCCCACCUCUGCGCUGGACCCUCAUGUAUUGUGUCAUUCACAUUGAAUGAUGAUAAUGGAGAAAUUUUUGGCUCUCGUAGCUGAACACAUGUCUAAAUAAAAGCUAGAAGUAGCAUUAUGUGGAUUCACUGAAUUUCCUGGUUCCUUGAUGUUUGUUCUUAAAAUGCUGUACGCGUUGUCUUAAUCCAUGUGUACAUACGUGUGUGUGUGUGUGUGUGUCUGUGUGUGUACAAAUAUAUACAUUUAUAUAUUGUAUAGUGCAUUUAGAAUGGUUUUUAUACUCCAUUUUUUUUUUUUAUGUUGCAGUCUUGUACAAUUGUUUACAUUGUUUUCUAUCUCAAUCUACAGUCAACACAUCAUAACGAUAAAAGCAAAAAAAAAAAAAAUCUUUGACACCACCGCAAAUAAAAAAAUAAAGACAGUCACAUAAGUAUUCAGACCUUUAACUCCAUACUCUCUUGUAGUACCUUUGCAUCAGUUUCUGCCUCAAGUGUUCAGGGUCCUUGUCCUAUAGGAAGGUGAACCUUUGACACAGUCUGUGGUCUUGAGUGAUCUGAGCCAAGUUUUCAUUAAGGAUCUUUUUUGCGUAAUCCUGAUCAGUCUCCCAGUCCCUGUCGCUGAAAAUCAUGUCCAAUCAAUUGAAUUUGCCGCGGGCAGACUUCAAAUAAAGGUGUAGAAACCUCUCCGAGAUGAUUCACAGAAAUGGGAUGCAUCCGAGUUAAAUUCUAAGUGUCAUAGAAAAAGGUCUGAAUACUUUGUCAAUGUGAUAUUUCAUUUUUGUUUGUUUUUUCCCUGUUAUUAACUUGCAACUAGUGAUGUCCCGAACGGUUCGCCGCGGACUCAUCAUUGAGUAAACUUUGACCCUGUACCUCACAGUCAGCAGACACAUUCCAGCCAAUCAGCAGCAGACCCUCACUCCCAGACACUCCCACCUCCUGGACAGCUCACUAAGAAUGCAGCUUCACAAAGAAUGUAAAAUGGAUGCUGUCCAGGAGGGUCUGCUGCUGAUUGGCUGGAAUGUGUCUGACCCUGUACCUCACAGUCAGCAAUGUUUACUCUAUGAUGAGUCCGUGGUGAACCGUUCGGCGAACCGUUCGGGACAUCACUACUUGCAACGUUUUCAAAAAUCUAGUUUUGGCUGUCAUUAUGGUGUAUUGAAGGGAGAUUGACGUAGGGGAAAAAACAUUUAAACAAUUGUAGCUUAAUAAUGUAACAUAAAAACUAAAUUAGAACUCAAAUGCACACAGCUGGUAGGUAGUUAAAUUUUUACAGUAACAAAGUAAUAGUCUAAGACAAGAAGUGAGGCUCAUGGAGCACAUACUAGGUGUAAAGUUCAGGUGAACUGGUAAAACCACCCAAAGCAAGACGAAAGAUUGGGUGAGCGAGAUAAAGUAAGUAAAAGAAAGAGUGUCCGCAUACAUUUAUUUUGAACAUUUUAUUUGUAUGUUCUUUCUCAUUUCCAUUUUUAUUUUAUUUUUUCUUAACGAAUGUGAUCACCUUUGGGUUGGAAACUAUUCCUCUUUUCUUUACUGCAGUAAAAGUUCUGAAAAGUGUUUACUAGUGGGCCUUUGAAUGGAAGCCAUUGGAAACAAACUACUGUCUUCUUUGACUGGUGAGAUGCCACUAUAGACCCGAUAUGCACUACAUGUGCAAAAGAAACAGUAUUUGAAUUCCCAACAAUUAACACCUAAAAAAAAUAAAUACAAAGUGAAUUUAAAAUUUUAGGCAGAAUUGUAAUGCAUCUUUAAGUCAUCUGUUUUCCGUUCAUCUACUUGGGUCUAAAAUUUUAAACUCACAUUGAAUUUCUGACAAUUAACAUGCUGUGAAUUAUGAUUAAGGAAUAUUAAACACUUUUUUUUUUUUUCUGACAAAAAACUUGGUUUAAAUAUAACUUUUAAUCUUCUCUUAAAGGGACACCACUUCCCAAAUAAACGGUUUAGUAGAUAAACCCCACUGAAAACAUAUACGUAUUUAAUUAAGGAUUUUUUUUUCCCUUUGGGGUUAUAUCCAAAUACAGCUUGUAAAAGCUUUAAGUUUCUUGUCUGCAGCCUUUGCAAGCCCUCCCCUUCUAACCCCACCCAUACUUUCUGUGGUUGUCCAAUCACAGACUUCCUAAUGCAGCUCAAUUAGAAGUCUUUACAAGGCAGAUGCUCUGCAAUUGCCUCUUGAGUUUAGUUCCACUGAGCUAAACAAACCUGGAAGGAACAGGACAUGUUGUCUGACAGCCAGUGAGGUGUGAUAAGGUGAAUUUAUACAAAUUUCAAUUUCUAUAGAUAUUUUUGUAAAAUGAAAGUGUUGAUUCUUUAAUGUAAUACAAAUGUCUAAGUUAGAUUUACAACUGUCCAAUUAUUUAUUAAGCUCAAACAAUUAAUAGCUUUUAGACCCUUGUAUGUGGAUAUUUCCUUCAGUUUAUUAGUGAUCUCAGUCGAGUACAAUGUUUUCACAGCUGGCUGUGUCCUAGUGUUUUUGCAAAAAAGAUAAUAAAAGCACUUGGAUUUUUAAAUCUGUGUUCUGAAAAUAAAUAUUGAAUUGUAAAUUCAUUAGUGCAUUCAUAGAAAAAUCAUUUUGCCAUUUAUGGAACUACUUUUACUAAUUAUUCAAUAAGAUUGUAUUUGUUCUUGGUUAAAUGAAGCCAAGGAGAGUAUUGAACCAACAGAAAUGCCAUUUACAGCUUGUCUAUUGAGCCUGCUCCCUUAUCACACAUUGCAAGCAGGAUCCGGCGCCUUAAAUUAUGAAAGAAAUCCAAUUAUUCAGCUUGUGAGAUUUUCACAUAUUCAUCACAUUAAAAAUAUAAAUUUUAUAUAAAAAAAGAGAUAACUACUCUACAAUUUACCAUUUCGUACCGGCAUGUAUUAUGUAAUGUAUAGAUAUAAAUAAAUCUUUAAGCAGUCGAUCUCCUGGCUUACCAUUGUUCGGCUAACAAUAUCAGACCUUCAAACUGUGCAAGAUAUUAAGACAAUAAGUGAUGCUUCUGACUAAAGUAGGGUUAAAAUGCCCACCCUUCUGCACUAAAAUAAGUUCCUAACAUAAGCAUUCUUUUAAACAAUAUUGAUGUAGUAUGACGUGAUCUUUUAUUUUCAGAUAUAAUGAAAAAUGAUGACCGUUUUCUUUUAAAUUCUAUUUCCUUACUGUGGCAAUUUAAAUUCUGCUGACACUGAUAUAAUUGCUAGACCACCCAGAGGAACAUUAUGUUUGCAGGUUUAACGGUUUCUUCAUCUGAAUCUAGUAUUGGCAAUCUUGGAGUUUGCCUUUAUAGGUCCAGGGAGGUGGGGUUUUUUGUUUGUUUUGUUUUUCAUAAUGGAUACGAAGAAAUUUAAAUUACUGCCUAAGAAAAUCUGUAGUGAAUUAAAAAAAAAAAAAAAAAAUACAUAGUUUUUGUUUGUUUAUACCACCAUUUUUUCCAGUAAAUGACAAUGUAACACUGAUAUUGCCCAGACUGUUUUGUGUGGUGGGCUGUUCCUAUAGCUCCCUUUACAUGAAAGAUCCCACUGAACUCCAUGUAUUGAAUAUCUAGUCUUGUUGCUGAUGGUCUCCACCCGUUACCUUGUGAAAGCAUCAUAAUUAUUGACAGUCUGAAACUACUACUUCCUCCCUUGAGCAUAUACAUGCACUUGCUGAUAGAGAGAUCAAUAAAACACUUACUGUUAGAAGAAGUAGCUCGGUGUGAGGAGUCUUGCUUGAAAUAAAAGGCUGAAGGGAGCUAAGCACACAGCCUAAUCGAAAUGUUUCUUGAAAAUUAAAAUGUUUUCUAUGGACACCAGACUUGCUUUUAAGAAGUUAAAAUGUUCUGCUUCGAAUACUUCACCCAAUAUGUGAAUUUUACGUUUUCCUAACUGAGUCAUGCGUAUCCAUGAAUUGAAAUGAAUGGGGUCUGUCUGAGCAACCUAGACCUUUUAGAUGGCAAAAUGUGUAGCACAAGUACAGAUUAGCUGCUUAAAGGAACAUUCUGGGCACCAAAGUAACUUGAGUGCAUUUGACAUGCAUGCUGUGUUUUACUAAUUAAAAAAAAGAAAUGGCAAUUUUCCAUAGCAUGGCCUUGUACCUUUUAGCCAUACUCCUUUUUACAAAACUAGAUGCAUUCUGAGUAUUUACUCAGCCCAGGUAAUAAGAUCAUCUACCCCCACAGCCAAUCACUGUUCUCCUAUCUGUGAAGAAUCAAAGCCUUGCUACGGGGAAAGGAUAGAAAUAAUGACAGUGAUUGGCGAUGAGGUGGAAUGAUGUCAGCAGUACAGUCACACUUAGCUUUCAUCUCAUCGGAGUACAUAUUCAGAAAACACAGAGAAAGGAAUUUGGUGGAAAGAGGGUGGGGGUAGAGAGUAGAAAGAAUGAAUGCUAUUUGAAUGUGAAUAGAAACUAUAUAUACAUAUGGCCUAGAUCUGUAAAAUUGCUUAAAUUGUAUUGUGCAGCCCUGAGCCAGGAAGCACCUCCAGUGGCCAUCUAAGGAUUGGCCACUUGGAAGUGUCCCUAGCGGCAAUGUAAACACUGCCUUUUCUCUGAAUAAGCUGUAGUUAUUCUGGUGACUAUAGUGUCCCUUUAAAUCAAAGUAUAAUCAGUUGUUUCAUGUUGUAUUCCAAUUCUGAAAAACAAACAUUUUAGCCUAGAUUUAUUAUCCCACUUCCUCUGUGUAUGAAUAGUAUCGCCCAUGUUAGUAUAAUAGUACUGUGUUGUCUAUUCCUGAAAUCAUUUUCCAUACUUUGCAUAGUUUCAGUACUGGACUGCUGGAGGUAGGAAAAAUGCAUUCAUUUUCUUCACAAUAAACAUUGUGUGUGUUUAUAGUAAACCUUUUACAGGAGUGAUGGUCCUGUAAUAUUCUAUACCACGCUGGCUUUAAAAGUCACUAAUUGUUGGUUUACAGGUGAAAGCUGAUGUUUGCACUGUAAAGGUAUAGAAACUCUUGUUGGUCUCGUCUAACGUCUAGAGUACUUAAAAGAACACUGCAGGCACCAUAACAACUUUACAGCACCUACCCCUACAAGCUGUCACCCCACAAAGCUAGGUCCCUACAAAGACGCAAUACCACAAGCAGCCUCCCCUCACAUACUAGCACAAGUAUUAUACCCUCCUCAACACAUGCAUCCCCACCUACAUUCAACACCAAAAGCAGCGUUCCCACACUCACCACUGGCAUACACUUACGCUUUGAUUAAUUUUCUGUUCUUGCCUCGGGUGCAAAAUGAGCUGGUUACGGCUCUGGGCUGACAGACAAAACUACGUCCUGAAGUGGGUAAAGCUGAAGCCCAAGGAAGUAAUGCGCAUGCUUUGGCAUAAAAUGAAAG